AUGGAGUGGCGACAACGGACCAGUGUGAGCUGUGAAGACGCCUUCACUGAGGCUCAGCGGUGGAUGGAGGUAGGGUUGGAGCUAAAUCAUAGACGCCUUCACUGAGGCUCAGCGGUGGAUGGAGGUAGGGUUGGAGCUAAAUCAUAGACGCCUUCACUGAGGCUCAGCGGUGGAUGGAGGUAGGGUUGGAGCUAAAUCAUAGACGCCUUCACUGAGGCUCAGCGGUGGAUGGAGGUAGGGUUGGAGCUAAAUCAUAGACGCCUUCACUGAGGCUCAGCGGUGGAUAGAGGUAGGGUUGGAGCUAAAUCAUAGACGCCUUCACUGAGGCUCAGCGGUGGAUGGAGGUAGGGUUGGAGCUAAAUCAUAGACGCCUUCACUGAGGCUCAGCGGUGGAUGGAGGUAGGGUUGGAGCUAAAUCAUAGACGCCUUCACUGAGGCUCAGCGGUGGAUGGAGGUAGGGUUGGAGCUAAAUCAUAGACGCCUUCACUGAGGCUCAGCGGUGGAUGGAGGUAGGGUUGGAGCUAAAUCAUAGACGCCUUCACUGAGGCUCAGCGGUGGAUGGAGGUAGGGUUGGAGCUAAAUCAUAGACGCCUUCACUGAGGCUCAGCGGUGGAUGGAGGUAGGGUUGGAGCUAAAUCAUAGACGCCUUCACUGAGGCUCAGCGGUGGAUGGAGGUAGGGUUGGAGCUAAAUCAUAGACGCCUUCACUGAGGCUCAGCGGUGGAUGGAGGUAGGGUUGGAGCUAAAUCAUAGACGCCUUCACUGAGGCUCAGCGGUGGAUGGAGGUAGGGUUGGAGCUAAAUCAUAGACGCCUUCACUGAGGCUCAGCGGUGGAUAGAGGUAGGGUUGGAGCUAAAUCAUAGACGCCUUCACUGAGGCUCAGCGGUGGAUUGGAGGUAGGGUUGGAGCUAAAUCAUAGACGCCUUCACUGAGGCUCAGCGGUGGAUGGAGGUAGGGUUGGAGCUAAAUCAUAGACGCCUUCACUGAGGCUCAGCGGUGGAUGGAGGUAGGGUUGGAGCUAAAUCAUAGACGCCUUCACUGAGGCUCAGCGGUGGAUGGAGGUAGGGUUGGAGCUAAAUCAUAGACGCCUUCACUGAGGCUCAGCGGUGGAUGGAGGUAGGGUUGGAGCUAAAUCAUAGACGCCUUCACUGAGGCUCAACGGUGGAUGGAGGUAGGGUUGGAGCUAAAUCAUAGACGCCUUCACUGAGGCUCAACGGUGGAUGGAGGUAGGGUUGGAGCUAAGUCAUUUACAACCACAUCUAAAAAAAAAAUAAACACGUUUGAUCCAUGAUUGGGUUGACGAAACAAAUUAAAAUAUAUCCAAGUUAAUGUUUCGAUGGACCACAGCAGCCUACAGAGCUGUACGUCAAAGGUGAACGUUUGUUGUUCCACUCGUCUUAUUCAUUAUUUUGAUUAAGUUUGGGCGAUUGUUCCACAUGAUACCUUUUUUACAGAGGCUCACUCAUUAAAUCUACUGGUUUACGAUGACCGUAACAUAAUAUGACGACACUCAUAAAAUGUGACGAUAAACCCUGUACUGCAAUGAAUGGGUGACAAUAUUGACAGUGAAGCCACUGUAAAACUGAGUGUGAAGGUGUUUUAGUUUUAGAGCGUGGUCAUACGCUCAUAUAGCGCAUAGAUAAAUACACCAUAUAAAAGCACAUUUUGCAAAUGGGCUCUUGAGAGUUAUCUGUGCUGUUGCGGUGAUGACGUAUUUUGUUUCAUGUAGGUCUUUGUGCUUUUUGAGAUGUGCAGUUUUGCGUAUCAAUCACAUAUAAACUUUAUCUUAUGAUGCCCUCGUAAAGUUUUCCUAAUUGGACAGUGGCAGUGUUGAGCUCCAGAGAGGAGGCAGGCUGCAUUCCAUUCUGUACCCCUCAGAGGGAGAGGAGAGGGGCAUGUGGGGAGCAAUUAAGGGUCGUGGGGAAGGGGACAGAGAGAGAUGAAGGGGUGGAAAGGAACAGGGAAUGAAUGAACAAAGGACUCCCUCCAGGGUGAUCGGGAACAGUGCCCCGUAGGCUUGUGCCCAGCUGGCAACGUAAUGUGGCCAUCCUCAUUCAGAUAGGGAACAGUGACCAGCUGGCCACAUGAUGUGACCCGUCUCCAUUCAGAUAGGGAACAGUGACCAGCUGGCCACAUGAUGUGACCCAUCUCCAUUCAGAUAGGGAACAGUGACCAGCUGGCCACAUGAUGUGACCCUUCUCCAUUCAGAUAGGGAACAGUGACCAGCUGGCCACAUGAUGUGACCCGUCUCCAUUCAGAUAGGGAACAGUGACCAGCUGGCCACAUGAUGUGACCCGUCUCCAUUCAGAUAGGGAACAGUGACCAGCUGGCCACAUGAUGUGACCCAUCAUCUCCAUUCAGAUAGGGAACAGUGACCAGCUGGCCACAUGAUGUGACCCAUCAUCUCCAUUCAGAUAGGGAACAGUGACCAGCUGGCCACAUGAUGUGACCCAUCAUCUCCAUUCAGAUAGGGAACAGUGACCAGCUGGCCACAUGAUGUGACCCGUCUCCAUUCAGAUAGGGAACAGUGACCAGCUGGCCACAUGAUGUGACCCGUCUCCAUUCAGAUAGGGAACAGUGACCAGCUGGCCACAUGAUGUGACCCGUCUCCAUUCAGAUAGGGAACAGUGACCAGCUGGCCACAUGAUGUGACCCGUCUCCAUUCAGAUAGGGAACAGUUGACCAGCUGGCCACAUGAUGUGACCCGUCUCCAUUCAGAUAGGGAACAGUGACCAGCUGGCCAAUGAUGUGACCCUCUCCAUUCAGAUAGGGAACAGUGACCAGCUGGCCACAUGAUGUGACCCAGUCUCCAUUCAGAUAGGAACAGUGACCAGCUGGCCACAUGAUGUGACCCUUCUCCAUUCAGAUAGGCAACAGUGACCAGCUGGCCACAUGAUGUGACCCUCUCCAUUCAGAUAGGCAACAGUGACCAGCUGGCCACAUGAUGUGACCCUCUCAUUCAGAUAGGGAACAGUGACCAGCUGGCCACAUGAUGUGACCCGUCUCCAUUCUGAUAGGGAACAGUGACCAGCUGGCCACAUGAUGUGACCCGUCUCCAUUCAGAUAGGGAACAGUGACCAGCUGGCCACAUGAUGUGGCCCAUCUCCAUUCAGAUAGGGAACAGUGACCAGCUGGCCACAUGAUGUGACCCGUCUCCAUUCAGAUAGGGAACAGUGACCAGCUGGCCACAUGAUGUGACCCCAAUCAUCUCCAUUCAGAUAGGGAACAGUGACCAGCUGGCCACAUGAUGUGACCCAUCUCCUCCAUUCCAGAUAGGGAACCAGUGACCAGCUGGCCACAUGAUGUGACCCGUCUCCAUUCAGAUAGGGAACAGUGACCAGCUGGCCACAUGAUGUGACCCAUCUCCUCCAUUCAGAUAGGGAACAGUGACCAGCUGGCCACAUGAUGUGACCCAUCUCCAUUCAGAUAGGGAACUGUGACCAGCUGGCCACAUGAUGUGACCCGUUCUCCAUUCUGAUAGGGAACAGUGACCAGCUGGCCACAUGAUGUGACCCGUCUCCAUUCUGAUAGGGAACCGUUGCCCAACUGGCCACAUGAUGUGACCUCUCCAUUCAGAUAGGGAACAGUGCCCCGAGAGGAAGGAGAGGGCAAUGGUGUAGGGUGUCAAGAUAGGCAUCCACUACCCUUUGUGUUACCUCAUCUCUCCUCUCCCCCCGCCCCACAAUGGACCACCCACUAAUACUCCACCCCUGUACCAUCUCCCCAUCCUGGCAUGCCCUCUCACAUGAGGAAACAGAAGGAACUGCCAACCCCUGUGUGAGUCUCAUCAUAGGAUUACGUGGCCACAGAGGUGUGGCACUCGCGCCCAUCAUGCAGGGAAGUUAACCCCUCAGAAGCCCGAGUCCACUUUUAAUGAGGGUGAAAGUUCCAAAGCAGUGAGAGAGAGAAGUGGUGGGUAGAGGGGUGAAAUGCUGUCGACUUGUAGCUCAAAUCUUUUCUACCCCCAACAAGACCAUAUUCCCCGCUGCUCUUUGGGGUAAGGUGGACGAUGGUUGAUUCUGGGGUGGUAGGAUGGUGAAUUGCUGGGGUAGGUAGACUGGUGAAUGCGGAGGUAGUUAGGAUGGUGAAAUUGCUGGAGGUGGAGGUAGGUGAUGGUCCCUAAUUUGCUGCUGGGGUAGGUAGGAUGGUGAAUUGCUGGGGUAGGUAGGAUGGUGAGUUGCUGGGGUAGGUAGGAUGGUGAAUUGCUGGGGUAGGUAGGAUGGUGAAUUGCUGGGGUAGGUAGGAUGGUGAAUUGCUGGGGUAGGUAGGAUGGUGAAUUGUGUGUUAAUCGGUAGGAAAGGGAGAGAAAAUCUCAUGUUUUCUCAUUGACACACAAAGCUGUUUAUACAAUACAGGGAGGUCAGUGAGUGGUCCGGUCCAGAAUAAUGUUUAUACUAUAUACAGGGGGGAGGUCAGUGAUGGUCCGGUCCAGAGUAAUGUUUAUAUUAAAAGGGAGGGAGGGCAGUGAGUGGUCCGGUCCAGAUAUACAGGGAGGAGGUCAGUGAGUGGUCCGGUCCAGAGUAAUGUUUAACCUAUACAGGGAGGAGGUCAGUGAGUGUCCGGGCCAAGUAAUGUUUUAUACUAUAUCAGGGAGGAGGUCCAUGAGUGGUCCGGUCCGAGUAUGUUUAUACUAUACAGGGAGGGAGGUCAUGAGUGGUCCGGGGCCAGAGUAAUGUUUAUACUAUAUACAGGGAGGGAGGUCAGUGAGUGGUCCGGUCCAAUAGUAAUGUUUAUACUAUACAGGGGGGGAGGUCAGUGAGUGGUCCGGUCCAGAGUAAUGUUUAAAACUAUAACAGGGAGGGGGGUCAGUGAGUGGUCCGGUCCAGAGUAAUGUUUAUACUAUACAGGAGGGAGGUCAGUGAGGGUCCGGGUCCAGAGUGAUGUUUUUUACUAAACAGGGAGGGAGGUCAGUGAGUGGUCCGGUCCAGAGUAUACAGGGAGGGAGGUCAGUGAGUGGUCCGGUCCAGAGUAAUGUUUAUACUAUAUACAGGGAGGGAGGUCAGUGAGUGGUCCGGUCCAGAGUAAUGUUUAUACUAUAUACAGGGAGGGAGGUGAGUGGUCCGGUCCAGAGUAAUGUUUAUACUAUACAGGGAGGGGGUGAGUGGGGCCGGUCCAGAGUAAUGUUUAUACAGGGAGGGAGGUCAGUGAGUGGUCCGGUCCAGAGUAAUGUUUAUACUAUAUACAGGGAGGGAGGUCAGUGAGUGGUCCGGUCCAGAGUAAUGUUUAUACUAUAUACAGGGAGGGAGGUCAGUGAGUGGUCCGGUCCAGAGUAAUGUUUAACCUAUACAGGGAGGGAGGUCAGUGAGUGGUCCGGUCCAAGUAAUGUUUUAUACUAUUACAGGGAGGGAGGUCAGUGGAGGGUCGUCCAGAGUAAUGUUUAUACUAUAACAGAGGGAGGUCAGAGGGGUCCGGUCCAGAGUAAUGUUUAUACUAAUACAAGGGGAGGGGGGUCAGUGAGUGGUCCGGUCCAGAGUAAUGUUUAUACUAUAUACAGGGAGGGAGGUCAGUGAGUGGUCCGGUCCCCGAGUAAUGUUUAUAUUAUACAGGGGGGGAGGUAGUGAGUGGUCCGGUCCAGAGUAAUGUUUAUACUAAACAGGGAGGGGGUCAGUGAGUGGUCCGGUCCAGAGUAAAGUUUAUACUAUUUACAGGGGGGAGGUCAGUGAGUGGUCCGGUCCAGAGUAAUGUUUAUACAAUAUACAGGGAGGGAGGUCAGUGAGGGUCCGGUCCAGAGUAUGUUUAACUUACAGGGAGGGAGGUCAGUGAGUGGUCGUCCAGAGUAAUGUUUAUAUUAUACAGGGAGGGAGGGCAGUGAGUGGUCCGGUCCAGAGUAAGUUUAUACUAUAAAACAGGGAGGGAGGUCAGUGAGUGGUCCGGUCCAGAGAAUGUUUUAUACUAUAUACAGGGGAGGGAGGUCAGUGAGUGGUCCGGUCCAAGUUAUACAGGGAGGGAGGUCAGUGAGUGGUCCGGUCCAGAGUAAUGUUUAUAUUAUACAGGGAGGGAGGUCAGUGAGUUGGGCCGGUCCAGAGUAAUGUUUUAAAACUAUACAGGGAGGAGGUCAGUGAGUGGUCCGGUCCAAAUUUAAAGUUUUUACUCUACAGGGAGGGAGGUCAGUGAGUGGUCCGGUCCAGAGUAAUGUUUAUACUAUAUACAGGAGGGAGGUCAGUGAGUGGUCCGUUCCAGAGUAAUGUUUAUACUAUUCAAGGGAGGGAGGUCAGUGAGGUCCGGUUUCCCGAGUAUACAGGGGGGGAGGUCAGUGAGUGGGUUCCGGUCCAGAGUAAUGUUUUAUAUUAUACAGGGAGGGAGGUCAGUGAGUGGUUUCCCGGUCCAGUAAUGUUUAUACUAACAGGGAGGGAGGUCAGUGAGUGGUCCCGGGCCAGAGUAAAGUUUAUACUAUACAGGGAGGGAGGUCAGUGAGUGGGCCGGUCCAGAGUAAUGUUUUAUACUAACAGGGAGGGAGGUUUAGUGAGUGGUCCGGGCCAGAGUAAUGUUUAUUACUAUACAGGGAGGGAGGUUUAGUGAGUGGUCCGGGUCCAGAGUAUUUCAGGGGAGGGGAGGUCCGUGAGUGGUCCGGUCCAGAGUAAUGUUUUUACUAUAUACAGGGAGGGAGGUCAGUGAGUGGUCCGGUCCAGAGUAAUGUUUUACUAUAUACAGGGAGGGAGGUCAGUGAGUGGUCCGUCCAGAGUUAAUGUUUAUACUAUACAGGGAGGAGUCAGUAAGUGGUCCGUCCAGAGUAAUGUUUAUACUAUAACAGGGAGGGAGUCAGUAAGUGGUCCGGUCCAGAGUAAUGUUUAUAUUAUACAGGGAGGGAGGUCAGUGAGUGGUCCGGUUCCAGAGUAAUGUUUAAGCCUAUACAGGGAGGGAGGUCCAUUGAUCUCUAAUCGUCCCCACAUGCUUGCAGAUGUGUUGCUGCUGUUCACUUGGGUGAAUCUCAUGAAAGCAGUUUUUAAAUGGUCAGUAGUAAAUUGAGUUACAAAACCAUGAUGCAUCUACAAAAAAUCAACUAUUAUUCUGAAGACUAAGAUGUCUACUUUUUGGCAAGUUGUCUUAUUUUAAAUACAUUUUCCAUUUUCACCCCAAAUUCCUCAUGACCAAAAUGCACUCCGGAUAAAUUUUCUUGAGUCCAUUAUACAAUUUUAACUGUAGAAAAACAUUUGAAGGUAACAAUACAAUCCAUAAUCAUAAUUGUAUCUAUAGAUACUGAAAAAAAAUAAACACCACACUGCAACAUGUCAAGAUUUUACUGAGUUUACAGUUUCCUAUAUGGAAAUCGUAAUUGAAAUAAAUUACAUUAGGGCCCUAUCUGUUUUUUUCAUUCACAAGAUGACUGAGCAGGGCACAGGCCAUGGGUGGGCCUGGGAAGGCAUAAGGCCCCCACCCACUGGGGAGCCCGGGUCCACAGCCAAUCAAAUUUAGUUUUUUUUCCCUUUCCACCCACAAAUGGGCCUUUUAACAGACCAAUAAAUACUCCUCCAGCCCGCACCCCACCAGACGAUCCCGCAGUUGAAGGAAGCCCGGAUGAAGAGGGUCCUGGGUUGGCGUUGGUUAACACGGGGCCCCUGCUGUUUUGUGGGAGGCCGUGGAUUUCCUACCAAAUUCUCUAAACAACUUGGAAGCGGCCGUAUGUUUUUAGAGAACUGAAACAUUCAAAUCUCUGGCAACAGUCUGGGUGGGACAUUCCUGUAUCAGCAUGCCAAUAUUGUAUAAUGGAGUCCCUCAACUUCAACCAUCUUGGCAUUGUUGUUUGUGACAAAACAUGCACACUUUUUAGUGGGCCUUUUUUAAUUGUCCCCAGCACAGGUGCACCUGUGUAAUGAAUCUGCGGUUCAAGAUCAGCUUUUCUUGAUAUGCCAUUAUGUCUUGACAAAGGAUAAAAUGCCUCACACACAGGGAUGUUAACAAAUUUGUACACCAUUUGAGAGAGCGCCUUUUUGUGCGUAUGAAACAUUUUCAGGGAUCUUUUUUUUAUUUUCAGCUCAUGAAACCAUGUGACCAACACUUUCAAUGUUGUUUUUUUAUAUUUUUGUUCCGUAUAAUUUAAAUCUUUCACUAAACUAUAUUACGUACAAACCCGUGUCCUGUGACAUCGAAUUAUACCGUAACAUUUUUCAAGGUGCUGAAAAACUCCUAUCAGUUUUUUAAAGAACGAAAAGUUGUAAUUACCAUGAAGCCAUCAUCUAGAGGAGUAGUAGAAGUAAGUAAUGUGUUCAGAAAUGAGGUGGUUUUUUCUUUCCCACACUCCACAACCCCCCGUCACUCCCUUCACCACCCUACACCACCCUGUACUGUCCUAACACCACCACCCACCCCUUUAUUUACCUAACCCUUAAAACCUACCCCACUUGGCUUUAUCUCUCGAAUGAAUUUGUUUUUUUAUUUCUCAUUACUGAACGGCAUAAGUCCAAUUUUAAUUUAUUAUUUCGAAUUUCAUGUUGUUUUUGUUUAUUUUCAGUGUUUUAACUUCAGACCUUUUUCAUUUAGGGGAGCAAUGUCAUUUUAAAAAAAAUUAGAAAAUUUGAUGAUUUGUUUUAUUACCUUUUUUUUUUGACCCGUUACGUUAAUGAGAAUUUGUGGAAAUGGUGGUAACAAUGCAUAAUAUCUCGAUUAAAAAAACAUAAUUAAUGCAAUAAGAUCAGUUACUAGAUCGUAAUCUCAGUGAUUCCCAAGAGGAAAUGUAGUGAAAAAUGUCUCUUGCAUGUUUUUUUUGCUUUUUUGUUUUUAAUUUCUGUUAAGGUGAUCUAAGAUGUUGCUUGUUCUUUGCUCUCGGCCUCUCUCCCUGUAUAUGAAGUGACGAUAAAAACUUUUGGAUGCAACAACUUCCGCUCAGCCCUGGAGAAUGGAGAUCCUGCUCUGCCAGUGAGUAUUGUGGGAACUUAGCUAUUAUCUGGAAGAAAAUGGGUCCCCUCGCCCUCUGCCAGUGAGUUUAUUGUGGGAACUUAGUCUAUAAUCCUGGUAGAAUGGAGCAGGUCCCCCUGCUCUGCUGCUGCCAGUGAGUUUACAUUGUGGGAACUGUAGUUCCUAUAAUCUGGAGAAUGUAGUCCUGCUCCUGCCAAUGAGUAUUUGUGGGAACUGUUAGUCCUAAUCGGAGAAUGGGAGUCCUGCCUCCUGCUGCUGCCAGUGAGUAUUGUGGAACUGUAGUGUAUUCUGGAGAAUGGAAGUCGGUCUGGCUUCCCAGUGGUAGUGUGGAACUGUAGUCUAUAAUCUGAGAAUGGAGUCCCUGCUCUCAGUGAGUAUUGUGGGAACUUGGUAGUGUAUAUCUGGAGAAUUGAAUCCUUGCUCUGCCAUGAUAUUGUGGAAACUGUAGUCUAUAAUCUUGGAGAAUGGAGUCCGCUCUGGCCAGGUGAAUUUAAUUGUGGGAACUGCAGUUCUAUAUCUUGGACGAAUGGAGUCCUGCUCUGCCAGUGAGUAAUUUUUGGGAAACGUGUAAGUCUAUAUCUGGAGAAUGGAGUCCUCUGCUCCGUGCCAUUGGUAUUGUGGGAAACUGUAUUUCCCUAUUCUUGGAAGAUGGAGUCCUUGCUCGUGCUGCCAUGGUAUUGUGGGGAAACUUGUAGUGUAUAUUGGAGAAUGGGUCUGCCCCUCUGUCAGUGAGUAUUGUGGGGAUACUUGUAGUGUAUAUCUGAGAAUGAGUCCCUCUGCCUCUGCCGGUGAGUAUUUGGGGGGAACUGUGUGUAUAUGGGGAGAAAUUGAGUCCUGCUCUGUGCUCUGCCCCAGUGAAGAUUGUGGUAACUGUAGUGUUAUCUGGGAGAAUGGAGUCCUGCUCUGUGCUCACUGCCAGUGAGUAUUGUGGGAACUGUAAAAGUGGUAUAUCUUGAGAUGGUUGUCCUCUCCUUCCUCUGCCAGUGAAAUUAUGGUGGAACUUGGUAGUCUGAUAUCUGGAGAAUGGAGUUUCCUGCUCUGCCAUGAGUAUUUGGUGGGAACUGUAAGUGUAUAUCUUGAGAAUGAGUCCUGCUCUGCCCGUGAGUAUUGGUGGGGAACUGUACUAUAUAUCUCGGAGAUUUAUUCCUGCUCUGCCCAGUGAGUUAUUGUGGGAACUGUAGUCCUAUAUCUGGAGAAUGUGUCCCUGCUCCUGCGGUGAGUAUUGUGGGACCUGUAGUCCUAUAUCUCUGGAGAUGGAGUCCUGCUCGCCCACGUGGAGUUUAUUGUGGUGGGAACUGCUGUAUCGAUUAUCUGGAGAAUGGAGUCUCCUGGCUCUGCCAGUGAGUAUUGUGGAACUGUUUAGUGUAUAAAUCUGGAGAAUGGAGUCCUGCUCCUUGGCUGGUGAUUAUUGUGGGGUACUGUAGUCCUCAUAUCUGGAGAAUGGGAGUCCUGCUCUGGGCCAGUGAGUAUUGGUGGGAACUUAGUCUAUAUCUUGGAGAAUGGAGUCCCUGCCUCUGGCCAUUGGAGUAUUGUUUGUGGUAUACUGUAGUGUGUAUCUGGAGAAUGGAGUCCCCUGCUCCUGCCCGGGUUGCGUUACAUUGUGGGAACUGUAGUCCUAUAUCUGGAGAAUGGAGUCUGCCCUUGCCCAGUGAGUUUAAUUGUGGUAACUGUAGUCUAUAUCUGGGAGAAAUGGAGUCCUUGCUCUGCCAGUGGAUAUUGUGGGAACUGUAAGUUCUAUAUAUCCCUUGUAAAUGGAGUCCUGCUCUGCUUGUCCGGUGAGUAUUGGUGGGAAACUGUAGUGUAUAUCUGGAGAAUUGAAGUCCCUCUCCUGCUAUGAAGUAUUGGUGGGGAAUGUAUCUAUAUCGGAAAAUGGAUGUCCUGCUCCCUGCUUGCCAUUGAGUAUUGUGGGAACUGUAGUCUUAUAUCUUGUGAAUGGAGUCCUUGCUGCUCUGCCGGUGAGUAUUGUGGGAACUGUAGUUGUAAAUAUCUGGGGAAAAUGGAGUCCUGCCUCUCCAGUGAUUAUUUUGUGGGAACUGUAGUCUAUAUCUGGAGAAUGGAGUCCCUGCUCUGCCAGUGAUAUUGGUGUGAAACUGUAGUGUAUAUCUGGAGAAUGGAUUCUGCUCUCUGCUUGCUGCGGUGAGUAGUUUUUGGGAAACCGUAUUGUAUAGUCUGGAGAUGGAUCCCUGCUCUGCCGGUGAGUAAUUGUUGGACUGUAGUCCCUAAUAUCCUUGGAGAAUGGAGUCCCUGCUCUGCUAGUGUAGUCUUGUGGGAACUGUAGUCUUAUAUCUGGAGAAUGGAGUCCUGGCCUCUGCCAGUGAGUAUUGUGGUAAACUGUAGUGUGUAAUCGGAGAAUGGAUUCCUGCCUCUGCCGUUGGAUUAUUGUGGGAACUGUAUAUCUAUAUCCUGUAGAUGGAGGUCCUGCCUCUGCCGUGGAGUAUUGUGGGGAACUGUAGUCCUAUAUCUGGAGAAGGAGUCCUGCUCUGCAGUAUUAAUUGGGGGUGGGGAUACUGUAAUCUAUAUCCUUGUGAUGGAGGUCCCUGCUCUGUGCUGGGCCGGUGAGUAUUGUGGAACUUGUAGUUAAAUAUCUGGAGAAUGGAGUCCUGCUCUGGCUAGUGAGUAUUGUGGGAACUGUAAUCUAUAUCUGGGAGAAGGAUUCCUGCUCUGCCCAUUGAGUAGUGUGGGACUGUAAUUCUAUAUCUUGAGUGAAUGGAGGUCCCCCUGCUCUGCCGGUGAGUUAUUUGUGGGAAACUGUAGUGUAUAUCUUGGGAGAAUGUGGAGUCCCUGCUCUGCCAUGAGUAUUUGUGGGAACUGUAUGUUGGUAAUCUCUGGAGAUGGAGCCUGCUCUGCCGUGAGUUAUUGUGGAACUGUAGUGUAUAUCUUUGGAGAAUUGAGGUCCCCCUGCGCUGCUAGUGAGUAUUGUGGGAACUUGUAGUCCUCUAUCUGGCAGAAUGGAAGUCCUGCCUUCUGCCAGUGAGUAUUAUGUGGGAAUGUAUCUAACUGGAGAAUGGAUCCCUGGCUCUGCUGCCGGUAAAUGAUGAAUGAAUCACAUAGGAUGGGCUUCUGUAAACCCCUUACUGUUUUAUGUGUCAGGUCCUGGUGUGGUCAGGUGGUCACGCUCCCCAACUCAUCUAUUCAUCCCUCUUGUCUCCUUUCUCAGUCUAAUCAACCGGUUGAAACCAGGCAUUAUAAAGAGAAUGAACACACUGUCUACUCCCAUGGCUGGACUGGUGAGUUCCCUGUGUGCCUGUGGCGCUGUGCGCCGUUUUCUAGAGUUUCAUAUGAGACAAUGGUCCACAAAAAAAAAAAGUGGGGAGUCUCUGUCUGGUCAUCCUCUUCCUCUCCUGUCCCUCCCUCCUGCGGUUUUUCCCUCCUGCCUUAGUAUGAAAGACGGAUCUGGAAACCGUCGACGAUCUAGUGGAGCGUUUUGUUGAAUGUUUACGAACGUGACAACUGAGUCCUCUGUAUAGUUAUAACCCCAUUUGGUUCAGCCGGCUAGAGCCAAAAAAACCCCAAAAUAGUCCAAGUGUUUUUGUUUGAAAGAUCCUGGAAAGCUGUUGAGAGACUCCUCCCACCGCUCAUAUUGAUUCGUCAUAAGGCCACAGCCUUUUCUUCCUCUGAUGUUUGUCCUGUAUGGUAACUCCCCCACUACCAAACCUCGUCCUCCUCCCCUCCCUACCCUCCCCUCCACCCCCCUCCGCGCGCCCUCCCUCCCCUCUCCCUCCCCUCCUCGCCCUCCCUCUCGCUCCUCCCCCUCCUCUCGUUCUUCUCCUCCCCUCCCCUCCCUCUCUCCCCCCUGCCCUCUCCCCCCCUCUCGUCCCCCCCCCCUCCACCCUCCACUGACUCAUCCCCCCCCGUCGCCCUCCCUUCCCUCCCUCUUCCCCUCACCCUACGCCUCCCCUUCCUCGCUGCCUCCCUCCCCUCACACUUGCUCUCCUCUUCACUAACCCCCCCUCCCCUCCCUCUCUACCUCCUCUACCUCCCCUCCCCUCCCUCUCUACCCCCCCCUCUCUCCUCCCCCCUCACCCUCCCUUCUCUACCCCCUCCCCUCCCUCUCUACCCCCCCUCUCCCCAAACUCCCCCCCCCCUCCCCCCCCUCUCCGACUGACGGCGGCUCCCCUCAUUUUGUCACGCAUCCGGUCCCCCCCUCCUCCUCCUCCUCCUUGUCUUCCCCUCCCCUCCUCCCUCCGCCCUCUCCCCCCGCGAACCUCGCCCUCCCUCGGUCCCUCCUCCGACCGCCUCCCCCCCCCCCAAGUGCAUCGCUCCGACCCCCCCUCCUCGGCCUCCUCCCCUCACCUCUCUCGCUCCCCCAUCCGGCCCAAAAAGAAGAAAAAAAAUCCCUCCUCUCCCCCCCUCCCCCUCAUUUCCUCCCAUCUGCUCGCCCCUCCCGUCAUCCCUCAACACCGCCCCCGGAGGAAAGCUCCUGCAUCACCCCUCUCCCCCUCCCUCCGCGUCCUCCUCUCCUCCCCUCCCUAUCCUCUCACCCGCUCAACCCCAAGGCCUCACCUCCCCGCAACCAUCCCCACCCCUCAGCCACCACCGCCCCCUCAGCCUCCCCUCAAGUCCUCACCCCCCCCUGCCCCCCGCAUUCUCCCCCUCACCCCCGAUCGCCUCCCUCUCACUUCCUAUCCUCUUCAUCCAAUCACUCCAGACCGCCGAAAGCGUCCUUCCCGUACAUCCCCCCCCCAUGAGACCUCCUCAUCCGUUUAGGUCCGUUUUCCGCCUCCUCCCCUCCCCCCGGAGAGGGCAAGACAUCGAAAAGCCCACACACAAUCCACCGUCGUUACAGAAGCGUUCCAUCCUCUCCCGUACGUAGAGGCGCCGCCCAAACAAAUCCCCUCUCACCCCCUUAUCACCUCGUCCUCGCCCUCCCCCUCUGAAAGCUAAACACCCCCCUCAAUUCUGCCCCUUCUACCCUCCCUCUCCUCCCCUCUCUUACAAACUACCCCUCCCUCUUCCUCCUCUCCACCCUCCCUCCCUCUCCUCCUUUCUUCCUCCCCCCCUCCCCCCCCCCUCCCAUCUCCUCCUUCCCCUCCCCUCCCUUCUCUACCCACCCCCCUCCCCCUCCCCUCUCAACCGCCCUCCCCCCCCGGAAGGUCCCCUCAGGGCAAGAGCAACUUCCCCCCCCCCCCUCCCCUCCUCUCUCCCCCACCCUAUCUUUCCACGGAACCCCCUCCCUCCUCCUCCUUCGUCUUCCUCCCGCUUCCCCCCCGCCCGGGUGCUACCGCAACACCCUGCCCCCUCAUUCCUCCCCCGAAAGAAGAAACAAAGAUCAGAGAGAAAAAGCUCACACCCCCUCUCCCUCUCUCAGCCUAUCCUCCUUCUCCUCCCCACCCCUGUCCAGGGUCCCACUACCGCAUCGCCCUUCUCCCUAGACCUGCCGCUCGCCCGUCCCCUCUCAAAAAAAAUGCUAGUGAGUUACCCCUCACGCUGCUCCUCUCCACCCUCCAGCAUGUUCGCUCGGUCCCACGCAUGGCCCUCCCUCUCCUCCAGGACAAUGUCAAUGUGUUUCUGAGAGCGUGCGGUACGCUGGGUCUGCACGAGGCCCAGCUGUUUCACCCUGGAGACCUGCAAGACCUGUCCACACGCGCUACACUCAGGUAAAAUUGAGUUUCAGGUCAACACAUUUUAUUUGGUGAAAUAUAUUGAUAUUUGUAGAACAAAGCAAAUGGAAGUGAAGGGGUUAAUAUGUACACGAACAUGCUUUUAUCCCAAGUGCUGCUGGACUUAUAGUGAUGUUUAAAUCAUUAGGCAGCACCUGUCGAUGUUUGUUCAUUAGGCAGCACCUGUCGAUGUUCAGUUAGUGUUUCCCCCGCGUAUUUCUUGACCUCUGUCUCACUGGUUGGAACGCUAGUGUACACUGACUGGAUGGCCUAAUGGCUUGUGGUGGCUAGGUUGUCCUAUAUACUGUUAUACUGCUAGUUCUGUGUUAUCGGUGAUUGCAUGGUGUUGAUAGUUGGUUGUCUGUCUCACAGCACCAUUUUUAAGGAGCUGUUUUGACUAGGCAGCUAAAAAGCAAAUGGCAAGAUGAAUAGUCAACAGUGUGGUGUUGCAAAUGAGAGUCCAUGUAUUAUCAGUGGCUAUUUAAACAGAAUAAUACUUUAUAUUAUCAGUGGCUAUUUAAACAGAAUAAUACUUUAUAUUAUCAGAGUGGCUAUUUAAACAUUAUGGAGGGUGUCAGUCAUUAUGGAGGGUGUCAGUCAUUAUGGAGGGUGUCAGUCAUUAUAAUAAUAAAUAAAUAAAUAAAUAAUUGGUCAUUUAGCAGAUGCUCUUAUCCAGAGCGACUUACAGGAGCAAUUAGGGUUAAGUGCCUUGCUCAAGGGCACAUCGACAGAUUUUUCACCUAGUCGGCUCGGGGAUUAGAACCAGCGACCUUUCGGUUACUGGCACAACGCUCUUAACCACUAAGCUACCUGCCGCCCGGAGGGUGUCAGUCAUUAUGGAGGGUGUCAAUCAUAAUCGAACCCAUGUGUAUAGAGACAUUAAACAUUGGACCGUUUCAUUUAAUACUGUUUUUUUACACUGUGGAUUCAUAUACCGGAUUAUUCACAGAGCUCAUUGUGAUAUAUCUACCUCUGUACAUAACAUUCCUUGUUUAUCUGGUUGUUGUAUAUAUGUAUAGAUUGGAUUACUGUUAGUGUUAUUUGGGCUGUUAACUGGAUUCAUCCUGACAUUCCUGAUUUCUUGCUUCUAGUUUUGAUAAUUAUUUUGUUUGACAUUUUUACUACACUGCUAGGAGCUAGUAACACAAGCAUUUAGCUGCACUGCUAGGAGCUAGGAACACAAGCAUUUAGCUGCACUGCUAGGAGCUAGGAACACAAGCAUUUAGCUGCACUGCUAGGAGCUAGGAACACAAGCAUUUAGCUGCACUGCUAGGAGCUAGGAACACAAGCAUUUAGCUGCACUGCUAGGAGCUAGGAACACAAGCAUUUAGCUGCACUGCUAGGAGCUAGGAACACAAGCAUUUAGCUGCACUGCUAGGAGCUAGUAACACAAGCAUUUAGCUGCACUGCUAGGAGCUAGUAACACAAGCAUUUAGCUGCACUGCUAGGAGCUAGUAACAUAAGUACAUGUAGGUAGCUAUUAAAGUCACUAUGCAUAGAUAAUAAACAGUAGAGAUGUACUGGACCGUACGUACUACCCUCUGGAGUGCCUUGCGGUCGGAUGCCAGGCAGUUGGCGUACCAGGCAGUGAUACAACCAGUCAGGAUGCUCUCGAUGGUGCAGCUGUAGAAUCUUUUGAGGAUCUGAGGACCCAUGCCAAAUCUUUUCAGUCUCCUGAGGGGGAAUAGGCUUUGUCGUGCCCUCUUCACGACUGUCUUGGUGUGUUUGGACCAUGAUAGUUCGUUGGUGAUGUGGACACCAAGGAACUUGAAGCUCUCAAACUGUUCCACUACAGCCCCGUCGAUGAGAAUGGGGACGUGCUCAGUCCUCUUUGUCCUGUAGUCCACAAUCAUCUCCUUUGUCUUGAUCACGUUGAGGGAGAGGUUGUUAUCCUGGCACCACACGGCCAGGUCUCUGACCUCCUCCCUAUAGGCUGUCUCAUUGUUGUCAGUGAUCAGGCCUACCACUGUUGUCAUCCGCAAACGUAAUGAUGGUGUUGGAGUCGUGCCUGGCCAUGCAGUCAUGGGUGAACAGGGAGUACAGGAGGGGACUGAGCACGCACCCCUUAGGGGCCCCCGUGUUGAGGAUCAGCGUGGUGGAUGUGUUGUUACCUACCCUUACCACCGGGGGGCGGCCCGUCAGGAAGUUCUGGAUCCAGUUGCAGAGGGAGGUGUUUAGUCCUAGGAUCCUUAGCUUAGUGAUGAGCUUUGAGGGCACUAUGGUGUUGAACGCUGAGCUGUAGUCAAUGAAUAGCAUUCUCACGUAGGUGUUCCUCUUGUCCAGGUGGGAAAGGGCAGUGUGGAGUCCAAUAGAGAUUGCAUCAUCUGUGGAUCUGUUGGGGCGGUAUGCAAAUUGGAGUGGGUCUAGGAUUUCUGUUGAUGUGAGCCAUGACCAGCCUUUCAAAGCACUUCAUGGCUACAGACGUGACUGAUACAGGUCGGUAGUCAUUUAGGCAGGUUAUCUUAGAGUCCUUGGGCACGGGGACUAUGAUGGUCUGCUUGAAACAUGUUGGUAUUACAGACUCAGUCAGGGACAUGUUGAAAAUGUUAGUGAAGACACUUGCCAGUUGGUCAGCACAUGCUCGGAGUACACGUCCUGGUAAUCCGUCUGGCCCUGCGGCCUUGGGAAUGUUGACCUGCUUAAGUCUUACUCCCAUCGGCUACGGAGAGCGCGACCACACAGUCGUCCGGAACAGCUGAUGCUCUCAUGCAUGUUUCAGUGUUGCUUGCCUCGAAGCGAGCAUAGAAGUGGUUUAGCUCGUCUGGUAAGCUCGUGUCAUUGGGCAGCUCGCGGCUGUGCUUCCCUUUUGUAGUCUGUAAUAAUUUGCAAGCCCUGCCACAUCCGAGCGUCGGAGCCAGUGUAGUACGAUUCGAUCUUAGUCAUGUAUUGACGCUUUGCCUGUUUGAAGGUUCAUCGGAGGGCGUAGCAGGAUUUCUUAUAAGCUUCCAGGUUAGUGUCCAGCUCCUUGAAAGUGGCAGCUCUACCCUUUAGCUCAGUGCGGAUGUUGCCUGUAAUCCAUGGCUUCUGGUUGGGAUAUGUACGUACGGUCACUGUGGGGACGACGUCAUCGAUGCACUUAUUGAUGAAGCCAGUGACUGAUGUGGUGUACUCCUCAAUGCCAUCGGAAGAAUCCCGGAACAUAUUCCAGUCUGUGCUAGCAAAACAGUAGCUUAGCAUCUGCUUCAUAUUUAAACAGAAUAAUACUUUAUUGACUGUCAUAAUGGAUCACCUUUAUUAUUGGGAAGCCAUGGGUUAAUAUUAGUCUGUGUGUCUGCUCGGACUAAGAAAUCCCCUCCUUUCCUUCUCAGGCGUGUAGAGGGCAAAAGGAGGCUGAAAAACGUAAGUGAACAUGUACUUUUUAAUUGUUUGUGUUCACUGAAAGAUCUGGGGAAGCUAGAACGGGAUUGAGCUCUAACUUGGAACUUUCAUCAUUUCCAUUGCAAAUGCUUUUACUGUGUAACAGGAACCUGCCCUACUAUGACUGUCCUCUACCUCACCCCCCCCGUCCUCUACCCCCCCAUGACGACUAUCCUCUACCUCACCCCCAUGACAACUAUCCUCUACCUCACCCCCUCUACUACGACUAUCCUCUACCCCCCCAUGACGACUAUCCUCUACCUCACCCCCCCCCCUACUAUGACUAUCCUCUACCUCAACCCCCCCCUACUAUGACUAUCCUCUACCUCACCCUCCCCUACUAUGACUAUCCUCUACCUCACCCCCCCUACUAUGACUAUCCUCUACCUCACCCCCCUACUAUGACUAUCCUCUACCUCAUCCUCCCCUACAUGACUAUCCUCUACCUCACCCCCCCUACUAUGACUAUCCUCUACCUCACCCCCCCUACUAUGACUAUCCCUCUACCUCACCCCCCCCUCUAUGACUAUCCUCUACCUCACCCCCCCUACUAUGACUAUCCUCUACCUCACCCCCCCAUGACUAUCCCUACCUCACCCCCCCUACUAUGACUAUCCCAUCUACCUCACCCCCCCCCUACUAUGACUAUCCUCUACCUCACCCCCCCUACUAUGACUAUCCUCUCCUCACCCCCCCCCCUACUAUGACUAUCCUCUACCUCACCUCCCCCUACUAUGACUAUCCUGCUACCUCACCCCCCUACUAUGACUAUCCUCUACCUCACCCCCCCUACUAUGACUAUCCUCUAACCUCCCACCCCCCCAUAUGACUAUCCUCUACCUCACCCCCCCCCCCUACUAUGACUAUCCUCUACCUCACCCCCCCUACUAUGACUAUCCUCUACCUCACCCCCCCUACUAUGACUAUCCUCUACCUCACCCCCCCCUACUAUGACUAUCCUCUACCUCACCCCCCCACUAUGACUAUCCUCUACCUCACCCCCCCUACUAUGACUAUCCUCUACCUCACCCCCCUACUAUACUAUCCUCUACCUCACCCCCCUACUAGACUAUCCUCUACCUCACCCCCCCACUAUGACUAUCCUCCUACCUCACCCCCUCUAUGACUAUCCUCUACCUCACCCCCCCUACUAGGGACUAUCCUCUACCUCCCCCCACCCCCUACUAUUGACAUAUCCUCUACUCACCCCCCCUACUAUGACUAUCCUCUACCACCUCCCCCCUAUAGACUAUCCUCUACCUCACCCCCCCUACAGACUAUCCUCUACCUCCCCCCCCUACUGACUAUCCUCUACCUCACCCCCACUAUGACACUUCCUCUACCUCACCCCCCCUACUAUGACUAUCCUCUACCUCACCCCCCUACUAUGACAUCCUCUACCUCACCCCCCCUACUAUGACUAUCCUCUACCUCACCCCCCUAUAGACUAUCCUCUACCUCACCCCCCCCUAUGACUAUCCUCAAACCUCACCCCCCCUACAGACUAUCCUCUACCUCACCCCCCUACUAUGACUAUCCUCUACCUCACCCCCCAUGACGACUAUCUCUACCUCACCCCCCAUGACGACUAUCCUCUACCUCACCCCCCCUUUGACGACUAUCCUCUACCUCACCCCCAUGACGACUAUCCUCUACCCUCACCCCCCCAUGACGACUAUCCUCUACCUCACCCCCCUACUGAUGACUAUCCUCUACCUCACCCCCCCUACUAUGACUAUCCUCUACCUCACCCCCCCUACUAUGAACGUCAUCCCCCUACUAUGACUACCCUACCCCCCCCCUACUAUGACUAUCCUCUACCUCACCCCUCGCCCUACUAUGACAUCUCUACCUCACCACCCCCUACUAUGAACUAUCCUCUACCUCACCCCCCACUACUAUCCUUACCUCACCCAUGACUCCUCACCUCCCCCCAUGACUGACUAUCCUCUACCCCCCCUACUAUGACUAUCCUCUACCCCCCCCCCUACUAUGACUAUCCUCUACCUCACCCCCCUACUAUGACUAUCCUCUAACUACCUCACCCCCCCUACUAUGACUAUCUCUCUACCUCACCCCCCCUACUAGACUAUCCUCUACCUCACCCCCCAUGACCUCUCCUCUACCUCACCCCCCCACUAUGACUAUCCUCUACCCCCUACUAAUCCCUACCUCACCCUCCUAUGACUAUCCUCUACCUCACCCCCCCAUGACGACUAUCCUCUACCUCACCCCCAUACGACUAUCCUCUACCUCACCCCCCCCAUGACGACUAUCCUCUACCUCACCCCCCCAUGACGACUAUCCUCUACCUCACCCCCAUGACGACUAUCCUCUACCUCACCCCUAACUAUCCUCACCUCACCCCAUGACGACUAUCAUCUACCUCACCCCCCCUACUAUGACUAUCCUCUACCUCCCCCCCGACACCUCACACCCCCCCAUGACUAUCCUCUACCUCACCCCCCACUAUGACUAUCCUCUACCCCCCCUCACCUCAUCACCCCCCACUAUGACUAUCCUCUACCUCACCCCCCUACUAUGACUAUCCUCUACCUCACCCCCCUACUAUGACUAUCCUCUACCUCACCCCCCCUGACGACUAUCCUCCUACCCACCCAUGCCUCCUCACCUCCCCCCCCCUACUAGACUAUCCCUACCUCACCCCCCCAUGACGACUAUCCUCUACCUCACCCCCCAUGACGACUAUCCUCUACCUCACCCCCAUGACGACUAUCCUCUACCUCACCCCCAUGACGACUAUCCUCUACCUCACCCCCCCUACUGACUAUCCUCUACCUCACCCCCCCUACUAUGACUAUCCUCUACCUCACCCCCCCUACUAUGACUAUCCUCUACCUCACCCCCCCUACUAUGACUAUCCUCUACCUCACCCUCCCCUACUAUGACUAUCCUCUACCUCACCCCCCCUACUAUGACUAUCCUCUACCCCCCACCCCCUCCCCCGCUAUGACUAUCCUCUACUUCACCCCCCCCCCUACUAUGACUAUCCUCUACCUCCCCCCCCCACUAUGACUAUCCUCCUACUACCUCACCCCCCCACUAUGACUAUACUCUACCUCACCCACAUAUGACUAUCCUCUACCUCACCCCCCCUACUAUAGACUAUCCUCUACCUCACCCCCCUACUAUGACUAUCCUCUACCUCACCCCCCCUACUAUGACUAUCCUCUACCUCACCCCCCCUACUAUGACUAUCCUCUACCUCACCCCCCUACUAUGACUAUCCUCUACCUCACCCCCCUACUAUGACUAUCCUCUACCUCACCCCCCUACUAUGACUAUCCUCUACCUCACCCCCCUACUAUGACUAUCCUCUACCUCACCCCCCCUACUAUGACUAUCCUCUACCUCACCCCCCUACUAUGACUAUCCUCUACCUCACCCCCCCUACUAUGACUAUCCUCUACCUCACCCCCCCUACUAUGACUAUCCUCUACCUCACCCCCCCUACUAUGACGAUCCUCUACCUCACCCCCCCUACUAUGACUAUCCUCUACCCCCCCCCUACUAUGACUAUCCUCGUACCUCACCCCCCUGCUAUGACUAUCCUCUACCUCACCCCCCCCCUACUAUGACUAUCCUCUACCUCACCCCCCCUACUAUGACUAUCCUCUACCUCACCCCCCCCUACUAUGACUAUCCUCUACCUCACCCCCCCCACUAUGACUAUCCUCUACCUCACCCCCCCCUACUAUGACGAUCCUCUACCUCACCCCCCCUACUAUGACUAUCCUCUACCUCACCCUCCCCUACUAUGACUAUCCUCUACCUCACCCUCCCCUACUAUGACUAUCCUCUACCUCACCCUCCCUACUAUGACUAUCCUCUACCUCACCCCCCCUACUAUGACUAUCCUCUACCUCACCCCCCCUACUAUGACUAUCCUCUACCUCACCCCCCUACUAUGACUAUCCUCUACCUCACCCCCCCAUGACGACUAUCCUCUACCUCACCCCCCCAGAUGACUAUCCUCUACCUCACCUCCUCCCCCACUAUGACUAUCCUCUACCUCACCCCCUCCCCCACUAUGACUAUUCUCUACCUCAUAAUGAAGGAUAAAGCUCCUGCCCAAUGCAGUGAUCUGUCCUCUCCUCAUAAUGAAGGAUAAAGCUCCUGCCCAAUGCAGUGAUCUGUCCUCUCCUCAUAAUGAAGGAUAAAGAUCCUGCCCAAUGCAGUGAUCUGUCCUCUCCUCCUCCAGGUUCUAAUCACCAUCUACUGGCUUGGGCGGAAGGCUCAGGUGGACCCCUUCUACUCUGGUCCUCAGCUCAACCUCAGAGCAUUCGAGGGACUAUUGGGCAUCGCUCUGUCCAAGGUAACAUCCUCCCUAACGCCUCAGCCUAACCCCUCACCUUAACCCUCAGCUAAACCUCAAGGCCUUUUAGGGAAGACAAGGCUUAGAUGUCCUUUGCCCUGUACAGUGGAACCAAUGGAUAUUUGUUAAAUAUGCGAAGCUAAAUAAAAUGCAUCUGAAAUACCUUCAGGAUUCUGUCUCUCCCCUCUCUCUCCCAGGCUCUAGAAGAGGCCCCCAGAGGCAGUGUGAGGGACAGUGGCUCCAGUGAGGUGUGCUACCCAGAGAGAGGGGACCAGCUGCUACCGCUAACCCAGCCACCCGGCUACAGCAGAGAGGACUCCGUAGAGAGCUUUAAGUCUGUCCUGAGCUUUGACUCGGUGGAGUCACGUACCCUCAGCUUUAUGUCUGACUCCAUCCUGAGGGCCGGCAGCGAGGGUGAGGACCGGAACAUACUGGAAUAUAUUGUUGUAGCCGACCUCAUUGGCUAGCUUUUAGUCCGAAUACGGUAAACAGGAUGUGAAGAGGUAGUUUCCAGUGGAUACAUAAACACGCUACUAACAGUAUCCAAAGUUAAUGGGCACAAUAUUAGUAGUCCGCUAUCAGGAAUGCCGCUGUUCCCAGAGAAGGACGCGCUGACGGCAAUGCCCUUUCCCUGCUCCAGUCCUGCUAGCUCUCUCCUCUGUGAGACAUUCCAUCUGGUUCCCAGUCCUGCUAGCUCUCUCCUCUGUGAGACAUUCCAUCUGGUUCCACACAGGUCUGAAAAUGGGCCGUGACUCAUGCCUGGAGCGGGCCAGAGGUGGGGCACCAGGAUGAUAGAGGCUAGUCUCAGAAUCAGUCCCAAAUGACACCCUAUUCCCUACAUAGUGCACUACUUUAGAUCAGAGCCCUGUAGUGCACUAUAUAGGGAAUAGGGUGCCAUUUGGGUCACUGUUAGGACUGCUCCCUAAUGCCACUCCACUGUUGACUGGCUAGGACUAGAUUCAUUAUCUCUCUGUUGACUGGCUAGGACUAGAUUCAUUAUCUCUCUGUUGACUGGCUAGGACUAGAUUCAUUAUCUCUGUUGACUGGCUAGGACUAGAUUCAUUAUCUCUCAGUUGGAGGCUGCAUUUACUGCUGUGGUGCUGAGCUUAUUUUCAUUCCUUCUGAGUUCUCGUUUGGCUUCUCUUCUCUGUUAUUUUACUCCUUUACUUGUCUAUAAGCUGCUGUCUCUUUCCUUCCCUCCCUCUCUCUUCUCCUCCCUCCCUCUCUCUUCUCCUCCCUCCCUCCCCAGACUCCAGCAGUGACGCGGAGGCAGAGAACUGUUUUAGGAUGGAGUCGGCGGAGGGCAGAGACUCUGGACAGGGCAACGGGAGGAUCGUACCUGCAUCCCUCCAGAGGAAGAAACAGGAGGAAUACCCAAUUAAGGGCUACCCCCCCAGCCCCCUCACCAGGUACUGUGAUGUCAUACUCACCGAUGACUGUUUUUAAAGAAUAGUUGUUAAUAUUCGUUUUUAAUUAGUUGCUUUACUUGAGUACCACAUUUUUAGUUUUCUGCUAAUUGAAUUAGCAUCGUGGUGGCUUCUAUUCGGCUCCGUAGGUGUCAACAUGGUGAGAUCUAGAUGAUGCAGUAAACAUCGUUGUUGUAUUUCCUACAUUACAAUGCAUACAGUUGUUGGAAUCGACUGUUUGAAAACCAUUGUCACUUAGGAACCGAACCUCAAUGUUGUUGACUUAACUCUGAUUGGUCUCUGAUCAGUGUGGCCCCUCCCUCUCUGAGGCCGCCCCUCCCCCAACUGCCUGAUGUGGAGGCCUUCCUCCAGUGGGCGUACCAUAGCGACAGCGACUCGGAUGCCGACCGGCCCGAUCCGGACGUUUUCGCGGACGACCUGGCCAGUCGACGUUUCCGCUCCCCUUCACCAGCCACGGCCACAAAUUUUGCGGUACCCAUGAGCCCGCAGGGCACGUUGAGGCUGUGGACAGGAAGCCCCCGCCUGUUUAGGAUUGACACCCUCCCCAGACACACCGCAGUGUCCUCUCCCAGGUCAGACAGAGAGAAAGCGAGGCGUUUUGUGUUUAAUGGUUUUAUAUCAGGGUUGUGAUCGUCAUCAAGCUAACAGCUACUAGCGUGUGUGGCCGGUCCUGUUAUCAAGCUAACAGCUACUGAAACUACUAGCGUGUGGCCGGUCCUGUCAUCAAGCUAACAGCUACUGAAACCACUAGCGUGUGGCUGGUCCUGUUGUCAAGCUAACAGCUACUGAAACCACUAGCGUGUGGCCGGUCCUGUUGUCAAGCUAACAGCUACUGAAACCACUAGCGUGUGGCUGGUCCUGUUGUCAAGCUAACAGCUACUGAAACCACUAGCGUGUGGCCGGUCCUGUUGUCAAGCUAACAGCUACUGAAACCACUAGCGUGUGGCCGGUCCUGUCAUCAAGCUAACAGCUACUGAAACUACUAGCGUGUGGCCGGUCCUGUCAUCAAGCUAACAGCUACUGAAACCACUAGCGUGUGGCUGGUCCUGUCAUCAAGCUAACAGCUACUGAAACCACUAGCGUGUGGUCGGUCCUGUCAUCAAGCUAACAGCUACUGAAACUACUAGCGUGUGGCUGGUCCUGUCAUCAAGCUAACAGCUACUGAAACCACUAGCGUGUGGCCGGUCGUGUGUCUGGAUUACUGCUAUCUGAUUUUUCACGUUAUCUUCAACUCCUGCAGGUGGGUUCUGUUGACUCUGGGAGUGUGUUUUGGUUCUGUUGACUCUGGGAGUGUGUUUUGUACCCUCUAUGCUCCAGCAAACCAAGUUUAGGUUAAAUAAGAUGGAGUGGUUUGCCUGUUGCCGUUCCAUGAAACUCCUGGAACAGAGCUAGCUCCGUGUUCCACUAACCCUGGUUGUGCUCAACAAGGAGAUGUAGUGUGAAACGUGAAAGGUGUGGCUGCUCCUAACUGUUGUGCCAGUGUUUUAGUUGGCAUGUCGUCCCAUUCACUCUAACACGCGGAGGGUUGAUGUUGAUGACAGCUCUGGUUAGCAGCAUAUUGUGACCAGUGCUCCUAACUCUCUACUCGACACCUCGCUGUAAGUGACUCACUGUGUUUUUUUAUUUAUUGGGAAUGUCCACUUUAACACGGACUGCUGUCCUGUCUAUCCCUCUGGUUGAACAGCAGCGGUAGUACCGCAGUGUCUCAGUUCCUUCCCAACCCGUUCCACGACCCCCCCUCCUCCUCCGCCACCCCCACCCUCCUCUCUGAGGUGGAGCGCUCCAUCGACGAGGAAGACUCUGAGGACGGGCGAGAGGACGCUGACCCCGUCCGAGAUGACCUGUACGCCCGGCGGGUGGAACUGGCCCUCCACCAGACCUCCUCCAACCCUGGCUACAACCGUUUCCUGCCCCGCUACUGGACUCCAGAGGAGGAGGUGCACGUCCGGACCAUCAGGCUGGGCUCUCAGAGGAGACCCUGGUACCACAAGAUGCAGGGAUUCAGGUCUGGCUCUGUCCCAUUACCAUGGGGUGUGGCAUGGUGUGGCUGUGUUUUGAAUAAUCCUAACUCAAUCCCUAACCCUGGUACAGGAACUGGGUCAUGGCUGGGUUUGAAUAAUCCUUAACCCUGGUACAGGAACUGGGUCAUGGCUGGGUUUGAAUAAUCCUAACCCUGGUACAGGAACUGGGUCAUGGCUGGGUUUGAAUAAUCCUAACCCUGGUACAGGAACUGGGUCAUGGCUGGGUUUGAAUAAUCCUAACUCAAUCCCUAACCCUGGUACAGGAACUGGGUCAUGGCUGGGUUUGAAUAAUCCUAACCCUGGUACAGGAACUGGGUCAUGGCUGGGUUUGAAUAAUCCUAACUCAAUCCCUAACCCUGGUACAGGAACUGGGUCAUGGCUGGGUUUGAAUAAUCCUAACUCAAUCCCUAACCCUGGUACAGGAACUGGGUCAUGGCUGGGUUUGAAUAAUCCUAACUCAAUCCUUAACCCUGGUACAGGAACUGGGUCAUGGCUGGGUUUGAAUAAUCCUAACCCUGGUACAGGAACUGGGUCAUGGCUGGGUUUGAAUAAUCCUAACCCUGGUACAGGAACUGGGUCAUGGCUGGGUUUGAAUAAUCCUAACUCAAUCCCUAUCCCUGGUACAGGAACUGGGUCGUGGCUGGGUUUGAAUAAUCCUAACUCAAUCCCUAACCCUGGUACAGGAACUGGGUCAUGGCUGGGUUUGAACAAUCCUAACUCAAUCCCUAACCCUGGUACAGGAACUGGGUCAUGGCUGGGUUUGAACAAUCCUAACCCUGGUACAGGAACUGGGUCAUGGCUGGGUUUGAAUAAUCCUAACUCAAUCCCUAACCCUGGUACAGGAACUGGGUCAUGGCUCGGUUUGAAUAAUCCUAACCCUGGUACAGGAACUGGGUCAUGGCUGGGUUUGAAUAAUCCUAACCCUGGUACAGGAACUGGGUCAUGGCUGGGUUUGAAUAAUCCUAACCCUGGUACAGGAACUGGGUCAUGGCUGGGUUUGAACAAUCCUAACUCAAUCCCUAACCCUGGUAGAUGUGGAUGUAGGUCUGUCUGUCCCCAGGGUCGUGGGUCUUGGGCCAUGGCUGGGUUCGAAUUAAGCUGGGUUUGGAUAAUGCUUGACGUUGACGUUUGGUGUUCAACUCUUGUGGGGAAAAACCCUUUCUGUUGAUCUCUCCUCGCCCUGUCCAUCCUCUCCUCUCUCUUCCUCCUCAGUUUCCUCCUUUUCCUCCUUUCCCCUUCCUCCUUUUAGUGACGGCAGGUAGCUUAGUGGUUAAGAGCGUUGUGCCAGUAACCGAAAGGUCGCUGGUGCCCUUGAGCAAGGCAUUUAACCCUAAUUGCUCCUGUAAGUCGCUCUGGAUAAGAGCGUCUGCUAAAUGACUAAAAUUUAUUUUUCCUUCUCUCUCCUUCCUCCUUUCCCUUCUCUCUCCUUCCUCCUUUUCCUUCUCUCUCCCUCUCUCCUGUUUGUAGCCGAAAGACAACAGAUUCCUUCAGGCUGUGACAUCACUCCCUGGCUCGUUGUUCCAGUCUUGUCUGCCCGAAACCGGUCUGCCCCCCCUCCGCACCCCCUCCCUACAGCCACCCCCCAUCCCGACUGUACCUUCACCCCUGUGCCUCAGUUCAGUGCUUUGUGCAACCGGAAAGGAACUAUUUCCAAAGGAGUAGAUUUAAACUAGGCUUGUGUGGGUAUCCAGAUUGUCACGCCUUCAUGCGGACCUUUGUUCCAUCCUGAGAUGGCGGCACUGAACACAAGGGGCUGCCAUUUUCAAACCUCACUUGAGCCUCUGUAAUCCGAAGGUUAGCAAUGCUAACAAGUACAUGUCAAAUUCCAUAGAGAAUGUCAACUAAAUGCUAACGAACUCAUUAGGAACAUUUUAGACAGUCUCAGACCUAUUUGCAGGACAGACAUCCCAGCUCAUGAAGUUAUACAAGUAACUCAAAAAUGCUACUCACAGUUUGCUGCACAAAGCAAAUAUUACACCUCAAGGAUCUUGAUCUAGGAGGGGAUUAUCUGCUGUUACCAAUCAAAGCUUGAUUUUAGAAGAAGCUAACUACUUAGCUAGGUAGCUAACUAGCUACUAAAUUAGCUAAUCAAAUGCACAACUGCAGUGCAUUUAGCACAUUUUAGGCAGUAUACUUUUUUGGUUUAUUUUGUAACUUUUUUUUUUUUAAACACAAUGUUUUGGGGCCCAUCCCUCUUCGGAGGACAUAAAUAAAAGUGGUUUUUACAGCUCUUUCUUUUGUUGUUCCAUGAACUUUCUGCACACAUUUUACAUUCAUGGCACUUUUUUAUUUUUACUGUUUGUUACACAGCAAGAAUAAAGUAAUUUAGAUAUGUUGAUUUACAUUUAUAUCUAGAUAGAUAUCACUUACAACAUUAUACACCAUGUUUUUCAGUCAUAACUAUUAUAGAAUAUGAGCUUUUAAACCCACCCCUCAGACAGUUAACUUUAAUAGUUAUAAGAUAUCUAUCUAGCAGAGAUUUAGUUGUGAAUUCCAUCCUGUAAUUAGAUCCCAUGCUGCACAACAGCAGUGAGUGACUCACAAGGCUCCGAUCUCUCAUAGUUGUGCGCUUGGGGGGGACUACCGGUAAGCUUCAGAAUGAAAAAUGUCACAGGUGAAAUGAAGAACGCAAUCUUUUGUCUCCUAACAUAUUGCACAAGUUGUGACUACAGGCAUUUUACUUAAAGUAGCUACAAAUAUUCACAUUUUUAUUAAAAAAACUUCAAAUAGUUUUUACGGGGUAUUGGAAAAAAAAAAAACAUCCCGUGGCUAUUUCCAAAUACCCACGGUAGACCGCCCAAGCCUACUUGUCACUGUGACGUGGUUUAAAUCUAGUUUAUAUACAACCUGCAACAAGCUUAUCACCUUGGUCGUAUAGGCAGGGACAGAGCCUUCCAUUAAAGUCUAGGGCUCUGGGCAGAGCAGUACUGGAGUCCUUUUUUGUGUUUUUAUGCAAGCUACAUGCUUGUCCAUAAUCAAUCAUGCAAAGAAUAUUUCCCCGUAGAUGUGUUUUUCCGAAGAACAUUGGCCUGUAGGUUAAUCCCAAAGUGACGAGGCUGUAAACGUUUUUUAUAUAUGAACAGGGGUAUAAUUUUAGAUUUGAACUGUGAUGUAACCAAACGAACAAUGUAACAGUGGGGGGGGGGGGGGGGGGGUCAAUAAAACAAGAGUCUUUUUUUGAAAGUAUUUGGCGUUAGUGUGAUGAAUGUUCUGCGUGGGUCGCGGCCGCGUGUGAUAUGGGUGGUUGGACGUCGUCCGUGCUGUUGCUGCAGUUUUCACUAGUGUUGCUCGGUACUAGAACAUGGAGAAAAAAAAACAGUUCGGUACUAGAAUUUGUGGCUUUCGGUUACUUCUAUCAAACGUGUCUGACGUCUAAUGAUUGAGAGAGGAUCUAGUCUGUCUGUCAACGCAGCUGAUGGCCCCUUUUAUAGCGUGAGAGCACCUGCCUGCUCCACUUACUCAUUGGGAGUCGUCAUGUGAGAGUCUGGUCUGCGUCAUGUUAGCUCCCCGCUCACUGGGAGUCUGGGCAGCAUCAUGUUAGCUCACCACUCACUGGGCAGCAUCAUGUUAGCUCCCCACUCACUGGGCAGCAUCAUGUUAGCUCCCCACUCACUGGGCAGCAUCAUGUUAGCUCCCCACUCACUGGGCGUCUGGGCAGCAUCAUGUUAGCUCCCCACUCACUGGGCGUCUGGGCAGCAUCAUGUUAGCUCCCCGCUCACUGGGCGUCUGGGCAGCAUCAUGUUAGCUCACCACUCACUGGGCGUCUGGGCAGCAUCAUGUUAGCUCCCCGCUCACUGGGCGUCUGGGCAGCAUCAUGUUAGCUCCCCGCUCACUGGGCGUCUGGGCAGCAUCAUGUUAGCUCCCCGCUCACUGGGCGUCUGGGCAGCAUCAUGUUAGCUCCCCGCUCACGUUAGCUCCCCACUCACUGGGUGUCUGGGCAGCAUCAUGUUAGCUCCCCACUCACUGGGCAGCAUCAUGUUAGCUCCCCACUCACUGGGCAGCAUCAUGUUAGCUCCCCACUCACUGGGCGUCUGGGAAGCAUCAUGUUAGCUCCCCACUCACUGGGCGUCUGGGCAGCAUCAUGUUAGCUCCCCACUCACUGGGCGUCUGGGCAGCAUCAUGUUAGCUCACUGGGCGUCUGGGCAGCAUCAUGUUAGCUCCCCACUCACUGGGCAGCAUCAUGUUAGCUCCCCACUCACUGGGCAGCAUCAUGUUAGCUCCCCACUCACUGGGCAGCAUCAUGUUAGCUCCCCACUCACUGGGCAGCAUCAUGUUAGCUCCCCACUCACUGGGCAGCAUCAUGUUAGCUCCCCACUCACUGGGCAGCAUCAUGUUAGCUCCCCACUCACUGGGCAGCAUCAUGUUAGCUCCCCACUCACUGGGCAGCAUCAUGUUAGCUCCCCACUCACUGGGCAGCAUCAUGUUAGCUCCCCCACUCACUGGGCAGCAUCAUGUUAGCUCCCCACUCACUGGGCAGCAUCAUGUUAGCUCCCCACUCACUGGGCAGCAUCAUGUUAGCUCCCCACUCACUGGGCAGCAUCAUGUUAGCUCCCCACUCACUGGGCAGCAUCAUGUUAGCUCCCCACUCACUGGGCAGCAUCAUGUUAGCUCCCCACUCACUGGGCGUCUGGGCAGCAUCAUGUUAGCUCACCACUCACUGGGCAGCAUCAUGUUAGCUCCCCACUCACUGGGCGUCUGGGCAGCAUCAUGUUAGCUCCCCACUCACUGGGCGUCUGGGCAGCAUCAUGUUAGCUCCCCACUCACUGGGCGCCUGGGCAGCAUCAUGUUAGCUCCCCACUCACUGGGAGUCUGGGCAGCAUCAUGUUAGCUCCCCACUCACUGGGAGUCUGGGCAGCAUCAUGUUAGCUCCCCACUCACUGGGCGCCUGGGCAGCAUCAUGUUAGCUCCCCACUCACUGGGCGCCUGGGCAGCAUCAUGUUAGCUCCCCACUCACUGGGCGCCUGGGCAGCAUCAUGUUAGCCACCCACUCACUGGGCGUCUGGGCAGCAUCAUGUUAGCUGGCUCUAGCCUGUUCUGAGGAACCACUGAACUCCCUGGGAGUCUGGGCCGCAUCAUGCUGGCUCUAGCCUGUUCUGAGGAACCACUGAACCCACUGGGAGUCUGGGCCGCAUCAUGCUGGCUCUAGCCUGUUCUGAGGAACCACUGAACUCCCUGGGAGUCUGGGCGGUGUCACCACUAAUGGUGCGCGUAAGUUAACACACUUGAAUAAUGCGACACUGCGUGUAGAAAUGUUGAAACUGUUUUACUGUUCCCAAAACAACGUCUAGAACACUUGACAAAUAUUGCUGAUUUACAAAGCUGAUUGUCACCAUAAACGUUUCACUUCGUCUCUCCCAGUCAAGAUCAUCUUUGCUGAAGCCUCUGACUUUGUGUGUGUUAAUGAAGUCAUAGGUCUUAAAGAGACGGCAUGCACUUUUAUAAAAGAAGAGAUUGCUUCAUAUAAGCAAAUGUUGUUGAUCAGUACAAUAAAAUAAGUGUUAAAUGGAAGGGAUUUUUUUUUUUUAAACCUGUAGCCUAAUGAAAUCAGCCAUAACAUGCUCUAUAACUCAAUGCAUUCACACUCCUAUUGAAUAUGCAUUCACCUGCAUUGUGAACAGACCUAGGCGACAUCUUGAUUUACCCAGUUUAUCAAUUGAGAUUUUACCUUUUUCAAAUAAAUUAUUACCAUUUUGGUAAAGGAAAAGGCAUAAAGUCAAAUUGAUUUGUAUGAUUGAUACAUUUUAAUGCAUACGUUUCAAAUGUAAUGAUAUUGAGCUUCAAAAGAUCUGUCUGUAGCAAGCCAUUCUGUGGCUUUGGCUGAGUCUCUUCUUUUUUGUUUAUGACGUGGUAUCGUGACGGUAUCGUGACGGUAUCGUGACGGUAUCGUCAUACUGAACCUGGUAUGGUGCCUUCUAAAGAGAGGGCAUGUUACUGGGUCGUGUGUGGCUCAGUUUGUGGACCACGGCACUUGCAAGUACCAGGGCUGUGGGUUUCAAUUUCUGCUGGUGUCACGUGUACUGGGGGAAAAUAACAUUUUAAGCAACGAAUUUCUCUUAAGUUGCUUUGGAUAAAAGCAUCUGCUAAAUGGCUUAUACAGUGGGGGGAAAAAAGUAUUUAGUCAGCCACCAAUUGUGCAAGUUCUCCCACUUAAAAAGAUGAGAGAGGCCUGUAAUUUUCAUCAUAGGUACACGUCAACUAUGACAGACAAAAUGAGGGAAAAAAAUCCAGAAAUUCACAUUGCAUCACUUUCAACUCCCUCCAAAGAUUUUCUAUGGGGUUGGGAUCUGGAGACUGGCUAGGCCACUCCAGGACCUUGAAAUGCUUCUUACGAAACCACUCCUUCGUUGCCCGGGCGGGGUGUUUGGGAUCAUUGUCAUGCUGAAAGACCCAGCCACGUUUCAUCUUCAAUGCCCUUGCUGAUGGAAGGAGGUUUUCACUCAAAUUCUCACGAUACAUGGCCCCAUUCAUUCUUUCCUUUACACGGAUCAUUCGUCCUGGUCCCUUUGCAGAAAAACAGCCCCAAAGCAUGAUGUUUCCACCCCCAUGCUUCACAGUAGGUAUGGUGUUCUUUGGAUGCAACUCAGCAUUCUUUGUCCUCCAAACACGACGAGUUGAGUUUUUACCAAAAAAUUAUAUUUUGGUUUCAUCUGACCAUAUGACAUUCUCCCAAUCCUCUUCUGGAUCAUCCAAAUGCACUCUAGCAAACUUCAGACGGGCCUGGACAUGUACUGGCUUAAGCAGGGGGACACAUCUGGCACUGCAGGAUUUGAGUCCCUGGCGGCGUAGUGUGUUACUGAUGGUAGGCUUUGUUACUUUGGUCCCAGCUCUCUGCAGGUCAUUCACUAGGUCCCCCCGUGUGGUUCUGGGAUUUUUGCUCACCGUUCUUGUGAUCAUUUUGACCCCACGGGAUGAGAUCUUGCGUGGAGCCCCAGAUCGAGGGAGAUUAUCAGUGGUCUUGUAUGUCAUCCAUUUCCUAAUAAUUGCUCCCACAGUUGAUUUCUUCAAACCAAGCUGCUUACCUAUUGCAGAUUCAGUCUUCCCAGCCUGGUGCAGGUCUACAAUUUUUGUUUCUGGUGUCCUUUGACAGCUCUUUGGUCUUGGCCAUAGUGGAGUUUGGAGUGUGACUGUUUGAGGUUGUGGACAGGUGUCUUUUAUACUGAUAACAAGUUCAAACAGGUGCCAUUAAUACAGGUAACGAGUGGAGGACAGAGGAGCCUCUUAAAGAAGAAGUUACAGGUCUGUGAGAGCCAGAAAUCUUGCUUGUUUGUAGGUGACCAAAUACUUAUUUUCCACCAUAAUUUGCAAAUAAAUUCAUAAAAAAUCCUACAAUGCGAUUUUCUGGAUUUUUUUCCCUCAAUUUGUCUGUCAUAGUUGACGUGUACCUAUGAUGAAAAUUACAGGCCUCUCUCAUCUUUUUAAGUGGGAGAACUUGCACAAUUGGUGGCUGACUAAAUACUUAUUUCCCCCCACUGUAUCUGAGUGUGAAGUGGUGUGAUCUUUCUCUGGUCCUGUAGAAACUUGGAGGUUAACCCAGGAUGGAUAUGGUGAGUUAAGGACACGACCCGCUGACUAGCUUGGUUUAGCCCGACCCGCUGGCUAGCUAGGUUUAGCCCGACCCGCUGGCUAGCUUGGUUUAGCCCGACCCGCUGGCUAGCUAGGUUUAGCCCGACCCGCUGGCUAGCUUGGUUUAGCCCGACCCGCUGGCUAGGUUGGUUUAGCCCGACCCGCUGACUAGCUUGGUUUAGCCCGACCCGCUGGCUAGCUUGGUUUAUCUCUGUUGCUGCUGGCUAGCUUGGUUUAUCUCUGUGUGUUGCUGCUGGCUAGCUUGGUUUAUCUCUGUGUGUUGCUGCUGGCUAGCUUGGUUUAUCUCUGUUGCUGCUGGCUAGCUUGGUUUAUCUCUGUUGCUGCUGGCUAGCUUGGUUUAUCUCUGUUGCUGCUGGCUAGCUUGGUUUAUCUCUGUGUGUUGCUGCUGGCUAGCUUGGUUUAUCUCUGUUGCUGCUGGCUAGCUUGGUUUAUCUCUGUUGCUGCUGGCUAGCUUGGUUUAUCUCUGUGUGUUGCUGCUGGCUAGCUUGGUUUAUCUCUGUGUGUUGCUGCUGGCUAGCUUGGUUUAUCUCUGUGUGUUGCUGCUGGCUAGCUUGGUUUAUCUCUGUGUGUUGCUGCUGGCUAGCUUGGUUUAUCUCUGUUGCUGCUGGCUAGCUUGGUUUAUCUCUGUGUGUUGCUGCUGGCUAGCUUGGUUUAUCUCUGUGUGUUGCUGCUGGCUAGCUUGGUUUAUCUCUGUUGCUGCUGGCUAGCUUGGUUUAUCUCUGUUGCUGCUGGCUAGCUUGGUUUAUCUCUGUUGCUGCUGGCUAGCUUGGUUUAUCUCUGUUGCUGCUGGCUAGCUUGGUUUAUCUCUGUGUGUUGCUGCUGGCUAGCUUGGUUUAUCUCUGUGUGUUGCUGCUGGCUAGCUUGGUUUAUCUCUGUUGCUGCUGGCUAGCUUGGUUUAUCUCUGUUGCUGCUGGCUAGCUUGGUUUAUCUCUGUGUGUUGCUGCUGGCUAGCUUGGUUUAUCUCUGUUGCUGCUGGCUAGCUUGGUUUAGCCCGACCCGCUGGCUAGCUUGGUUUAGCCCGACCCGCUGGCUAGCUUGGUUUGCUUGGUGUGCCAUGGUGGUGCUGCUGGAAUGUUGGAGAACAUAAUAUACUAUGAAAUCCUGAUCAUCAACCUGCAGCUCUGUCUCUCUCUCUCUCGUCUUUUCACUCGUCUCUCGCUCUCUACCUGCUACUACAGGAGCAAGUCGUUGAAUGACAUUAGGCGGUUCCCGUCGGCCACGGUAGUGUUGCGCCAGGUCUCUGAGGGUGGCGUGGAGCUAAGCCCCAGCGCCGUGAGCCAGGACCAGCUGCAGAGGGUCAGAGCCCGGGUCCAGGAGAGUGAGGUCAAGUGGCACAGCGUGAGUCCACACACACGAUGCGUGUAUAUAUAUAUAUAUCACACACACUCACACACUCACACUCACACACGUCCAUUACCUGUACCAUCCAGACCAGUUUAUCUACUCACCUGUCCCGUUUCUCAUCACCAUCUGACUGAAAUUCCUAUUAACAGCUGUGUUCAACCUGUGGCCCCCAUUUAACAGCUGUGUUCAACCUGUGGCCCCCAUUUAACAGCUGUGUUCAACCUGUGGCCCCCAUUUAACAGCUGUGUUCAACCUGUGGUCCCCAUUAACAGCUGUGUUCAACCUGUGGCCCCCAUUUAACAGCUGUGAUCAACCUGUGGCCCCCAUUUAACAGCUGUGUUCAACCUGUGGCCCCCAUUUAACAGCUGUGUUCAACCUGUGGCCCCCAUUUAACAGCUGUGUUCAACCUGUGGUCCCCAUUAACAGCUGUGUUCAACCUGUGGCCCCCAUUUAACAGCUGUGAUCAAAUCACAAUGAAGCCUGACCCUGACCUCUUGUGUAUUGUUGUUUAAAACCACACCCUAGAUGUCUUCACUGGGUUAAUUGUUGUUUAAAACCACACCCUGGAUGUCUUCACUGGGUUAAUUGUUGUUUAAAACCACACCCUAGAUGUCUUCACUGGGUUAAUUGUUUAAAACCACACACCCUGGAUAUCUUCACUGGGUUCAUUGUUUAAAACCACACCCUAGAUGUCUUCACUGGGUUAAUUGUUUAAAACCACACCCUGGAUGUCUUCACUGGGUUCAUUGUUUAAAACCACACCCUAGAUGUCUUCACUGGGUUAAUUGUUUAAAACCACACCCUGGAUGUCUUCACUGGGUUCAUUGUUUAAAACCACACCCUGGAUGUCUUCACUGGGUUCAUUGUUUAAAACCACACCCUGGAUGUCUUCACUGGGUUCAUUGUUUAAAACCACACCCUGGAUGUCUUCACUGGGUUCAUUGUUUAAAACCACACCCUGGAUGUCUUCACUGGGUUCAUUGUUUCUGCUACAAAUGAAUUGAACUUGUAAAAGACUUCCCUGUGAGUGUGGGUUUGAUCCUUCCAACCCAGUUGGGACUAUGGAGUUAACACCAGUUGCUGUCUCUGUCGUGAUUCACUGUUUUUGAAGUGUUUUCCCCCACUGAUGCCUCUGUCAGGACCUGACCAAGUGGAAGCUCCGUCGGUGCAGGUCUAACUUUGACCUGCGGAGGAAGAUCCAGGAGAGGGACAACAACGUCCUGAUGGCCAACGCAGGGGUCGUUACAGUCGGGACAUUCAGGAGCCUGCAAGAGGACAGGUAGGGGGAAGGACACGGAGACAGACUUUUUAAAUAACUUUGGAGUGGUACCAUUUGUGUCUCUGUGUGUGUGGAUGCCUGCCUGCCCAUUGACCACUCCUCCUCCUCUCUCCUGUCAUAUGGUACCACUCCUCCUCCUCUCUCCUGUCAUAUGGUACCACUCCUCCUCCUCUCUCCUGUCAUAUGGUACCACUCUCCUCCUCUCUCCUGUCAUAUGGUACCACUCCUCCUCUCUCCUGUCAUAUGGUACCACUCCUCCUCCUCUCUCCUGUCAUAUGGUACCACUCCUCCUCCUCUCUCCUGUCAUAUGGUACCACUCCUCCUCCUCUCUCCUGUCAUAUGGUACCACUCCUCCUCCUCUCUCCUGUCAUAUGGUACCACUCCCUCCUCUCUCCUGUCAUAUGGUACCACUCCUCCUCCUCCUCCUGUCAUAUGGUACCACUCCUCCUCUCUCCUGUCAUAUGGUACCACUCCUCCCUCUCUCCUGUCAUAUGGUACCACUCCUCCUCCUCUCUCCGUCAUAUGGUACCACUCCUCCUCCUCUCUCCUGUCAUAUGGUACCACUCCUCCUCCUCUCUCCUGUCAUAUGGUACACUCCUCCUCCUCUCCUGUCAUAUGGUACCACUCCUCCUCCUCUCUCCUGUCAUAUGGUACCACUCCUCCUCCUCUCCUCCUGUCAUAUGGUACCACUCCCUCCUCUCUCCUGUCCAUAUGGUACCACUCCUCCUCCUCUCUCCUGUCAUAUGGUACCACUCCUCUCCUCUCUCCUGUCAUAUGGUACCACUCCUCCUCCUCUCUCCUGUCAUAUGGUACCACUCCUCCUCCUCUCUCCCUGUCAUAUGGUACCACUCCUCCUCCUCUCUCCUGUCAUAUGGUACCACUCCUCCUCCUCUCUCCUGUCAUAUGGUACCAUCCUCCUCUCUCCUGUCAUAUGUACCACCUCCUCCUCCUCUCUCCUGUCAUAUAGGUACCACUCCUCCUCCUCUCUCCUGUCAUAUGGUACCACUCCUCCUCCUCUCUUCUGUCAUAUGGUACCACUCCCCUCCUUCUCCUGUCAUAUGGUACCACUCCUCCUCCUCUUCCUGUCAUAUGGUACCACUCCUCCUCCUCUCUCCUGUCAUAUGGUACCACUCCUCCUCCUCUCUCCUGUCAUAUGGUACCACUCUCCUCCUCUCUCCUGUCAUAUGGUACCCUCCUCCUCUCUCUCCUGUCAUAUGGUACCCCUCCUCCUCUCUCCUGUCAUAUGGUACCACUCUCCUCCUCUCUCCUGUCAUAUGGUACCACUCCUCCUCUUCUCCUGUCAUAUGGUACCACCUCUCCUCUCUCCUGUCAUAUGGUACCACUCCCCUCCUCUCUCCUGUCAUAUGGUACCACUCUCCUCCUCUCUCCUGUCAUAUGGUACCACUCCUCCUCCUCUCUCCUGUCAUAUGGUACCACUCCUCCUCCUCUCUCCUGUCAUAUGGUACCACCCUCCUCCUCUCUCCUGUCAUAUGGUACCACUCCUCCUCCUCUCUCCUGUCAUAUGGUACCACUCCUCCUCCUCUCUCCUGUCAUAUGGUACCCACUCCUCCUCCUCUCUCCUGUCAUAUGGUACCACUCCUCCUCCCUCUCCUGUCAUAUGGUACCACCCCUCCUCCUCUCUCCUGUCAUAUGGUACCACUCCUCCCUCUCUCUGUCAUAUGGUACCACUCUCCUCCUCUCCUCCUGUCAUUGGUACCACUCCUCCUCUCUCCUGUCCAUAUGGUACCACUCCCUCCUCCUCUCUCCCUGUCAUAUGGUACCACUCCCCUCCUCUCUCCGUCAUGGUACCACUCCUCCUCUCUCCUGUCAUAUGGUACACUCCCCUCCUCUCUCCUGUCAUAUGGUACCACCCUCCUCCUCUCUCCUGGCAUAUGGUACCAAUCCUCGCUCCUGUCAUAUGGUACACCACUACCUCCUCCUUCCUGUCCAUAUGGUACCACUCCUCUCCUCUCUCCUGUCAAUAUGGUACCACUCCUCCUCCUCUCUCCUGUCAUAUGGUACCGACUCCCUCUCCCUGUCUAAAGAUGGUACCACCCCUCCUCCUCUCCUCCUGUCAUAUGGUACCACUCCUCCUCCUCUCUCCCUGUCAUAUGGUACCACUCCUCCUCCUCCUCCUGUCAUAUGGUACCACCCUCCUCCUCUCUCCUGUCUAUGGUACCACUCCUCCGCCUCUCUCCUGUCAUAUGGUACCACCCUCCUACCCCUCUCCUGUCAUAUGGUACCACUCCUCCUCCCUCUCCUGUCAUAUGGUACCACUCCUCCUCCUCUCUCCUGUCAUAUGGUACCCACUCCUCCUCCUCUCUCCUGUCAUAUGGUACCACUCCUCCUCUCUCCUGUCAUAUGGUACCCACUCCUCCUCCUCCUCCUGUCAUAUGUACCACUCCUCCUCUCUCCUGUCAUAUGGCCCACUCCUCCUCUCUCCUGUCAUAUGGUACCACUCCUCCUCCUCUCUCCUGUCAUAUGGUACCCACUAACUCCUCCUCUCUCUGUCAUAUGGUACCACUCCUCCUCCUCUCUCUGUCAUAUGGUACCACUCCUCCUCUCUUCCUGUCAUAUGGUACCCCCUCCUCCUCUCUCCUGUCAUAUGGUACCACUCCUCCUCCUCUCCUGUCAUAUGGUACCACUCCUCCUCUCUCUCCUGUCAUAUGGUACCACUCCUCCUCCUCUCUCCUGUCAUAUGGUACCAUCCUCCUCCUCUCUCCUGUCAUAUGGUACCACUCCUCCUCCUCUCCUGUCAUAUGGUACAACUCCUCCUCUCUCCUGUCAUAUGGUACCACUCCUCCUCCUCUCUCCUGUCAUAUGGUACCACUCCUCCUCCUCUCUCCUGUCAUAUGGUACCACUCCUCCCCCUCUCUCCUGUCAUAUGGUACCACUCCUCUCCUCUCUCCUGUCAUAUGGUACCUCUCCUCCUCUCUCCUGUCAUAUGGUACCACUCCUCCUCCUCUCUCCUGUCAUAUGGUACCACUCCUCCUCCUCUCUCCUGUCAUAUGGUACCACUCCUCCUCUCUCUCCUGUCAUAUGGUACCACUCCUCUCCUCUCUUCCUGUCAUAUGGUACACUCUCUCCUCUCCUUAUUGGUCCACUCUCCUCUCUCUGUCAUAUGGUACACCUCUCCUCUCUCCUGUAAUGGUACAUCUCUCUCUUCCUGUCAUAUGGUACCACUCCUCCUCCUCUCUCCUGUCAUAUGGUACCACUCCUCCUCCUCUCUCCUGUCAUAUGGUACCACUCCUCCUCCUCUCUCCUGUCAUAUGGUACCACUCCUCCUCCUCUCUCCUGUCAUAUGGUACCACUCCUCUCCUCUUCCUGUCAUAUGGUACCACUCCUCCUCCUCUCAUCCUGUCAUAUGGUACCCACUCCUCCCUCUCUCCUGUCAUAUGGUACCACUCCUCCUCCUCUCUCCUGUCAUAUGGUACCACUCCUCCUCCUCUCUCCUGUCAUAUGGUACCACUCCUCCUCUCUCCUGUCAUAUGGUACCACCUCCUCUCUCUCCUGUUCAAUGGUACCACUCUCCUCCUCUCUCCUGUCAUAUGGUACCACUCUCUCCAAUCACUCUCCCUGUCAUAUGGUACCACUCCUCCUCCUCUCUCCUGUCAUAUGGUACCACAUCAUCCUCCUCUCCUGUCAUAUGGUACCACUCCUCUCUCAUCUCCUGUCAUAUGGUACCACUCCUCCUCCUCUCUCCUGUCAUAUGGUACCACUCCUCCUCCUCUCUCCUGUCAUAUGGUACCACUCCUCCUCCUCUCUCCUGUCAUAUGGUACCACUCCUCCUCCUCUCUCCUGUCAUAUGGUACCACUCCUCCCUCCUCCUCUUUGUACCACUCCUCCUCUCCUGUCAUAUGGUACCACUCCUCCUCCUCUCUCCUGUCAUAUGGUACCACUCCUCUCCUCUCUCCUGUCAUAUGGUAAUACAGGGAGGAGGAUGAGGAGGCCCUAUACAGCAGUAGCCACGCCACUGUCUCUCCCUCCACCUCGGCCAAGGAGGGUUCCCUGGAUCUCCGACCCCACACCAGAGCCCCGCCGGCCCUCAGCUCCUCCGCGGAGUCUCCCUACAGCCCCGGAGCCUCGGAACCCUCCACCACCCCCAGCGUGACCCUCCAGGCCCGGGGACCAUCAGCCAGAGCCGCGCCCCGAUCAGAGCCCCUGUCCUGGGGGAGAGGCGUCACACAGGCACACCGGUGGAUCCAGACACAGCUGGUGGUUUAGCCCCCACCCUCUCCUCUACCUCUCCUUUGUCCUCCCAGACCCGUGGCCGGGCCAUCUCUAGCCCAGCUCUCAUGAUCUCCACUGGACUAGACCAGAACACCUCCAUGCUCUCAAACGGGACCCCCACGACCCUCACCAAUGGAAUUGGCUCAUGCUUUACCACUGGUACCAGUUCUUCUCCAACUGCCUCUGGCCUGGUGAACGGUACCGGGUCAAACCUAACCGACGGCACCAGCUCCAACAGACGCUCUGCCUCCAUGGAGAUCCCAGACAAAGCCCUCCUCUCUGCUCUAGAGACCCAGACGUCGGUGGUAGAACCAGACUCGGGCCGUGUCUGGGCUCCCCAGCAGCAGGACCUCCCCCUCUACAGGUACAGCUCCAGGGUUCCGGGAGGGACUGGGGUGUCCGCCUCUCUCCCCAGGGGAUACCGCCGGUCUGAGGGCUCUUCCUCCCUCUCUGCCGGCUUCACCCCCAGGCCGUUUGGAUCCAAGCCCUCCAGAGUGUCCUCCAUCCCCAGGCUCUACAACGUGAGUAACGACUUCCUCUUUCCUUCCCUCCAUCACAUCUGUACUGUGUCCACCCCUCUCUCUCUCUAGCCCUCCAUCACAUCUCUCCUGUCUGUACUGUGUCCACCCCUCUCUCUCUCUAGCCCUCCAUCACAUCUCUCCUGUCUCUACUGUGUCCACCCCUCUCUCUCUAGCCCUCCAUCACAUCUCAUACCUGUCUCUACUGUGUCCACCCCUCCCUUUCCCCUUCCCCCUCUCUCUAGCCCUCCAUCCCAAUCUCUCCUGUCUGGUACUGUGUCCACCCCUCUCCGCUCUCUAGGCUAGCCACCCAUCACAUCUCUCCAUGUCCUGUACAUGUGUCCACCCCCUCUCUUCUCUCUAAGCCCCUCCAAUCACAUCCUCUCCCUGUUCUGUACUGUCCACCCCUCUCUCUCUCUAGCCCUCCAUCACAUCUCUCCUGUCUCUACUGUGUCCACCCCUCUCUCUCUUCUAGCCCUCCAUCACAUCUCUCCUGUCUGUACUGUUUCCACCACCUUCUCUCUCUCUAGCCCUCCAUACACCCUUCCCUGUCCCCCUGUGUCCCCCCCUCUUUUCCCUCUCUUACCCUCCAUCCCCCCCUUUUCCCGGGGCCCCCUCUUCCCAACGUUUCCCAAACAUUGCCCAAAUAAUUUUUUAAGCCCUCCAUCACAUCCCCCCUGUCUUGUCUGUCCAACCCCCUCUCUCUCCUAGCCCUCCAUACAUCUCUCCGUCGUAUGUCCCCCCCCCCCUCUCUUCCUCUCUAGCCCCCCCAAUCCUCUCUCCCUGUCGUACUGGUCCACCUCUCUCUCCCCCCUCCCCUCUCUCCUCCUUUACCCUCCACACAUCCUCCUGUCUGUAACUGGCCCACACCCUCCUACUUGCCUCUCAAAUCUCCCGUACGUCUCUCCACUCCUCUCUCUCUCUGCCCUUUAACUCACCCGUCCCUGUACCGACGGCACCAGCUCCAUCACGCUCUCCUCCAUAGAUCCCAGACAAAUCCCCCUCCUUCUGUGGGACCCACGCCCGUGUAAACCCAGACUCGGCCGUGUCUCUGGGCCUCCCCAGCAGCAGACCUCCCCUCCAUACAGCUCCGGGUCCGGGACUGUCUCUGCCUCCCCUCCCCCAGGGAAUCCCCUGUCUGUAUUUCCCUCCCUCUCUGCUCUCCUUCACCCCCACCGUUUGAUCCAGCCCUCCAGGUUCCCUCCCCCAUCCCGGCUCUACACAUAACACUUCCUCUUUCCUUCCUCCCUCAUCUUCUCUUCAGCCCUCCAUCUACCCUCCUCCUGUCUUCCUGGUCCAACUGUCUCCCCCUCUCUCUCUCUAGCCCUCCAUCACCUCUUCCUGUCUCCUCUCUCUUCCAGCCCCUCUCAUAGCCCUCCUGUCACUCCUCCUCCUCUCCCUUACUGUGUCCCACCCCUCUCUCUCUCUCCUAGCCCUUCCACACUCUCUCCUGUCUGUCUGUGUCCACCCACUCUCUCCUUCUCCUUAGUCCCCCCUCCCUCUCUCUUCCCUUCUUCACUUGUCCCCCCUCUGUCUCUCCCCACCCCCUCUCACAUCUCUCCCCUGUCAUUACUGUCCCCCUCUCUCUGUCCAGCCCUCCUCAUUCUCUCCCUCUACUUCCCCCUUCUUCUGUCCACCCCUCCUCUCUCUUCUUACUCCAACAUUUUCUCCUCUCGUGCCCACCCUUCCUCCAGACCUCCAUCACUGUCCCCCCUGUCUCUUCCUACCCCCUCCUCUCUCUGCCCUGUACUGUCCACCUCUCUCUUCCUACAUCCCUCCCUCCCCCUCUACCCUUCCUUACUUGUCCCUCCUGCUCCCUCUCUCUCUCUAGCCCUCCAUCACAUCUCUCCUGUCUGUACUGUGUCCACCCCUCUCUCUCUCUCUAGCCCUCCAUCACAUCUCUCCUGUCUGUACUGUGUCCACCCCCUCUCUCUCUCUCUAGCCCUCAUCACAUCCCUCUUCUGUCCCUCUUCUUCCACCCCUCCCCCAUCUCCCCUUUCUGCCUCCAGUCCACCCCUGUCUCUCUGCCCUCCACACAUCUCUCUCUCUCUUCCACCCCCACUCUCUUCUGUCUACGUCCCCCCCUCCCUCUCCUCCUCUCAUCCCAUCUCCCCUGUACUGUGUCCACCCUCUCUCUAUCCCCCUCCCUCUCUUCCUGUCUCUGUUCCACCCCUCUCCUCUCUCUAGCCUCCAUCACAUCCCUCUCUCUUUCCCUCUCUCUCUCUACCUCCAUCACAUCUCCUUCUCUACUGUUACCCUCUCUUCUUACUACCUCAUCCUUCUCUCGUCUCAACUUCCACCCCCUCUCCUCUCUCCUCUAGCCCAUCCUCCACUUCUCCUCUCCAUGCUUUUCCAAGUCCCCCCUCUCUCUCUCUCUGCCUCCAUCAACAUCUCCUGUCUGUACUUUCCACCCCUCUCUCUUUUCUCUAGCCCUCCAUCACAUCCCUGUCUGUACUGUCCAACCCCUCUCUCUCUUCUCUACUACCACUCCUCUCUCUAUGUCCAACCCCUCUCUACUCACCCUCCUCUCUCCUCUGUACUGUCCAUCAACCCCUCUCUCUCUCUCUCUCUCCUACUCCCUCAUCCUCUACUCCACUCCUCUCUGUCUACUCUUCCCACCCUCUCUCCUGUCUCUCUACUGUGCCCCCUCCAUCUCUCUCCUGCCCUAUCAUUCCCCCUCUUCUUCUCUCUCUCUAGCCCUCCAUCACAUCUCUCCUGUCUGUACUGUCCCCACCCCUCUCUCUCUCUAGCCCUCCAUCACAUCUCUCCUGUCUGUACUGUGUCCACCCCUCUCUCUCUCUCUAGCCCUCCAUCACAUCUCUCCUGUCUGUACUGUGUCCAACCCCUCUCUCUCUCUCUAGCCCUCCAUCACAUCUCUCCUUCUACUGUCCCCUCUCUCGUCCACCCUCCAUCAUCUCUCCUGUCUUACUCUCCCUCCUCUCUCUACUCUCCUUUCCUGCUUCCUGUCCACCCUGUCCACCCCCUCUCCCCUCUAGCCCUCCAUCCACUCUCCUCUUCACUGUCCCACCCCUCUCUCUCUCUCUCUAGCCCUCCAUCACAUUCUCUGUCCUCCUAUGUCCACCCCUUCCCCUUCUUUCAUGUCCCUUUAGCAACAUUUCCAUCACACUCUUCUUUGUUUGCUCACUUCCUGUCCAUUUACCUACUCCCUACUAAUGCCUCCCUAAGUUGGUUCUCUUUAGUCUGUAUGUCCACGCUUUUCCCUGCUAGCCUCCAUAAUUCUCCGGGUUAUAGGGUCCGGCCCGUCAAGCCUUUCGUUGACUCUCCGUCUCCAUGGUCACCCUUGGGCCUGGGUUCUGGUUCUAGGCCUCAUCACAUUCUACUGUCGUCGACUGGGAAUUUUUUGCCCUUCAUUUAGUAUCUGGUCAGUAUUGGGACAGUUGUAAGUUUCUUGUGUUCUGGUGAUGGAGGUCAAGUGUUUGUUUUUACUAACACUCCUGGCUCCUAGGUGGGGGGCUUGAGUUCCAUGGUUGGUAGUAUGUGGGGUAGUGUCUGUUGGUAUUGUAGUCCGAUGGGUAGUAUGUUGGGGGUGAAGUUGUGGUUGGUACUUGUAGUUCUCCAUGGUAGUAUGUGGAGGGGAGAAGUGUGUGGUUGGUACUUGUAGUUCUCCAUGGUAGUAUGUGGGAGGGGAGAAGUGUGUGGUUGGUACUUGUAGUUCUCCAUGGUAGUAUGUGGAGGGCAGAGGGGAGAAGUGUCACCAUGUGCUCCCUGAUCCUCUUCCAUCUGCUAUGAAUAAUGCAGUAUUAUAACAGGAUACUGCUGGCUGCCUUCACCGCCCAGCCUGAGGCCCAAAUGCCAGCCGUUCCCUAUACAUGGCGCAGCUAGCGUAGCGGUUAGAUCGUUGGGCCAGCAGCUAGCGUAGCGGUUAGAUCGUUGGGCCAGUGGCAGCUAGCGUAGCGGUUAGAUCGUUGGGCCAGUGCAGCAGGUAGCGGUUAUACUUGGGCCCGCAGACAGGGGUAGGUAAGAUCGUUGGCCUUGAGCAAGGCACUUAACCUGUUGCCCAGGGGCAGCUACUAGCGGUGAGUAGCACAUGCACCUGGAGCUUAAUACUCUUGGGCCCUGUACAAAAACUUAACUGGAACCUUCAUAUACUUUGGGCCGUACACCAGUACACUGGAGCGUAUCAUAUACGUUGGGACCCAGUAAAACCCAAAAUGGUUCAUUCUUUGGUGACCCAAAAGCCGAGCAUGACAAGGUGAAAACUGGUCUGCCCUUAAAGCAACACUUAAACCUGGACCUUAUCUACCGAUAUAUGCUGACCCUACCACUGCCUAAAAAACAACACAGUAACUGACCUAUCAUACUACUAUGGCUGACCCUGUUAAAAAACAACACAUUACACUGGACCUAUCAUACUACUAUGGCUGACCCCUGUAAACAACACAUUACACUGCACCUAUCAUACUACUAUGGCUGACCCUGUAAAACAACACAUUACACUGGACCUAUCAUACUACUAUGGCUGACCCUGUAAACAACACAUUACACUGCACCUAUCAUACUACUAUGGACGACCCUGUAAAACAACACAUACACUGACCUAUCAUACUACUAUGGCUGACCCUGUAAAACAACACAUACACUGGACCUAUCAUACUACUAUGGCUGACCCUGUAAAACAACACAUUACACUGCACCUAUCAUACUACUAUGGCUGACCCUGUAAAAACCCAAAAAUUAAAACUGGACCUAUCAUACUACUAUGGCUGACCCUGUAAAACAACACUUAUACCUGGACCUAUCAUACUACUAUGGCUGACCCUGUAAAACAACACAUUACACUGGACCUAUCAUACUACUAUGGCUGACCCUGUAAAACAACACAUUACACUGGACCAUCAUACUACUAUGGUUGACCCUUAAAAAACACCAUUAACUGGACCUAUCAUACUACUAUGGCUGACCCUGUAAAACACACAUUACUGGACCUAUCAUUCUAGCGUUGCGACCCCCUUAAACAACAACCAUUACACUGGCCUAUCAUUACUAUGCGACCCUGUAAAACAACACAUUACAAUGGACCUAUCAUACUACUAUGGUGACCCUGUAAAACACACAUUAUGGACUUCAUACUCUAGGCUGCCCUUGUGAAAAACACUUACCCGGACCUAUCAUACUUAUGCUGACCACCUGUAAAACAACACAUUCACUGGGCCUCUCACUAACAUGGCUGACCCCGUAAACAAACAUUUACAUCUGGACCUCUACUCUUGGCUGACCCCUGGAAACUCACAAAUUACGGACCUAUUACACAGGUACCGUAAAACAAUUCACAGGACCCUCAGCCUCAGGCCGAACCCUGAACCACAUUACACUGGACCUAUCAUACUACUAUGGUGACCCUGUAAACAACACAUUACACUGCACCUAUCAUAUACUAGGCUGACCCUGUAACAACAUUACAAACUGGACCUACAUACACUUGGCUACCCUGUAAACAACAUUACACUGGACCUAUCAUACUACUAUGGCUGACCCUGUAGAACAACACAUUAUACUGGACCUAUCAUACUACUAUGGCUGACCCUGUAAAAACAACACAUUACACUGCACCUAAUCAGGUGUUUGAGACAAUAAAACAUAUUUAAUUCUUAGUGCACUACUUUUUUAUCAGGUUCCAUAUUGUUCUGGUCCAAAGUAGUGCACUUUGUAGGGAAUUCAUGGAGGGUGCUGUUUGGGAUGCAGCUUCAGCCUUCACACUGACAACAGACUCCAUGUCACUGCCCUCCUUCACUCCCUCCCACCCUGUCAAACGGUGGUUGACAAUCUGAAUUGCUAGUUUUUUUUUUAAAGGAAUGAUAUUUCACCUGUUGACGUCAAUGUAACACACAGUAGAGACUUCUGCCUCUCCGCUCUGAUGACCUUUGACUCUGUCUUCUAGUAUCUACAGUUGGAGAACUCUACGCUGAACGGAGACAGAAACGCUUCCCUGCUCCCCACCAAGACGGCUCCCUCACGCCCGCAGAAAAUGGUCACCAUCUCGGAGGUCGCUGUCGGGGCGCAGCCCCGGGCCCCAGCCAAUCGGAGCGGUGUGAACCAGGAAGUAAAGGAGGAGGGUGCGAGUCAGACCCAGCCCUCCAUCCUGAACGCCAGAGUGGGGCCUGGACCCGCCACCCGCCCCAAACCCAGCCGGGGGACCCUUACCCGCCACCCGCCCCAAACCCAGCCGGAGAGACCCUUACCCCCUCCUCUCCUGCCCAGCCUCGCUGUCUCAGUCACACAGAAUGGCUCUGCGCAGGUGAGCGCAACGGUCUUUACCUUGAGAGACCCAUCAGCCAUAACUGGGCUGUCAUAGUUAGGGGCCCCGGAGUUUAACCUGUCGGGCCCGGAGGUUUACCCCAUGUGUACAAACCCUGGUUGACUGAUUUAGGUGCUGUAUUGAAGCCAUUUUAGGUGCUGUUUUGACCCAAAAUUUUAGGUGCGUUGAAGCCUUUUUUAGGUGCUUUUGAACCCUUUUUUGGUGCGAUUAAAGCCGCGCGCAUCUUGGCACUCCUCCCCCCAUAUUGGAUUUUAAAACCUGUCCUGUGAGGCCCUGUGUGUGUGUCGGCCUUUUUUUUUCCCCUUGUGAUGCUGUGGAUUUAAGCUGUCCCCCCUGCAACCCCCCCCUGCACCCCCCGCAUCCCACCCGCUCCCUAACUGCUGCAUCCCACUGCAUACCACCCUGCAUACCACUACUGCAUCCCACUGCUGCUGCAUCCCACUGCAUACCGCUGCUGCAUCCCACUGCUGCUGCAUCCCACUGCUGCAUACCACCCUGCAUACCACCCUGCAUACCACCCCCUGCAUACCACUGCAUACCGCUGCUGCAUCCUUUCUUCUGGUCUAAAAUAUAUAUGUAUCCCAAUGCCCAGGGCAGUGUUAGGAUGGGACGUUAAACGGGUGACCUGACUCUCUGUCGUCACUAAAGAUCCCAUGGCGCUUAUCGUAAGAGUAGGGGUGUUAACCCCGGUGUCCUGACUAAACGUCCAAUCAGAACCUCAUGGCCACCUAAUCAUCCCCAGCUUCCAAUUGGCUCAUUCAUCCCCCCCCCCCCUUCCUCUCCCCUGUAACUAUUCCCCAGGUCGUUGCUAUAAAUGAGAACGUGUUCUCAGUCAACUAACCUGGUAAAAUAAGGGGUUCAGUAAACAACCCUGUGUGCUGCUGCGUGUCAGAGGGUGGGGGGGGGGGGGGGGGGUCUCUGGUUUCUGUCAGGAAACGUGGGACAUCGAAUCGGUGUCACCUUCACCAGGUGUCACCUUCACCUUGUGUCUCGCUGUCUCGCUCUCAGGUACGUCACAGUGACAGAGUGAGUCUUACCUUGAAGCUGAACGGUCGACCAGACUUUGGUUUCAACACUCACUGGGACUCAGCAGGAGUGCGAGUCGGAGGCAUCCGACCAGGUAAGAACACCGCUCCUUCAGGGAUGGACGGGGACCGUAUGUCAUGUGUUCUGUGUUUCACCACCUUGGUCCUUUUGGAUGUAAUCAAGUAAGAACUUUAACCAAAGUAGGUAAGAUUCCAAAAUAAAUGUAGCAACUAAGUAAUGGAUGAAGUUUGACCAAACAGCUGAAUAUUUAUCGUUUGGGAUAAGUGGUCCUCUGUAGCUCAGCUGGUAGAGCACGGCGCUUGUAACGCCAGGGUAGUGGGUUCGAUCCCCGGGACCACCCAUACGUUAAAAAUGUAUGCACGCAUGACUGUAAAUCGCUUUGGAUAAAAGCGUCUGCUAAAUGGCAUAUUAUUAUUAUUAUUAUUAUUAUUAUUAUUAUUAUAUUAUUAUACGUUUUAGUCUGUGAAGGUGUCUUGGUACUAGAGUCUUUGAAUUGACCUGGCUGGGUCAUUAGUAAUGUCCAUACUGGUUGUUCCACCAAUGUCCGUUGCCUACAGUAUAGGGAGAUAUUCAUCAAUGUUUAAACAGAGCUGUGCCUUACCCUGCAACAGAGACCUAGUCAGAACCAGAGUGGAUAUCUAUGGUCAGGAGAACUACAACCUUAUACUGUUCCUCUGGGUUAGUCAGGUGUGACUGGAAAUACUAUCUUCUACUGGCCUGUAACUCAUCUCUCUCUCUCUGCUCUCUGCUACUGGCCUGUAACUCAUCUCUCUCUCUGCUCUCUUCUACUGGCCUGUAACUCAUCUCUCUCUCUCUCUGCUCUCUUCUACUGGCCUGUAACUCAUCUCUCUCUCUGCUCUCUGCUCUAUCCUACUGGCCUGUAACUCAUCUCUCUCUCUCUCUGCUCUCUGCUACUGGCCUGUAACUCAUCUCCUCUCUCUGCUCUCUUCUACUGGCCUGUAACUCAUCUCUCUCUCUCUCUGCUCUCUUCUACUGGCCUGUAACUCAUCUCUCUCUCUGCUCUCUUCUACUGGCCUGUAACUCAUCUCUCUCUCUGCUCUCUUCUACUGGCCUGUAACUCAACUCACUCUCUCCUCUCUGCUCUCUUCUACUGGCCUGUAACUCAUCUCUCUCUCUCUCUCUGCUCUCUACUACUACUGGCCUGUAACUCAUCCCUCUCUCCUCUCUCUCUGCUCUCUCUACUGUCCCUGUAACUCAUCUCUCCUCUCUGCUCUCUUCUACUGGCCUGUAACUCCAUCUCUCUCUCUCUGCUCUCUACUACUGUCCUGUAACUCAUCUCUGCUCUAUGCUGUCUUCUACUGGCCUGUAACUCAUCUCUCUCUCUGCUCUCUUCUACUGGCCUGAAACUCAUCUCUCUCUCUGCUCUCUUCUACUGGCCUUUAAUCAUCUCUCCUCUCCUCUGCUCUCUACUACUGGCCUGUAACUCAUCUCUCUCUCUGCUCUCUUCUACUGGCCUGUAACUCAUCUCUCUCUCUGCUCUCUUCUACUGACCUGUAACUCAUCUCUCUCUCUGCUCUCUUCUACUGGCCUGUAACUCAUCUCUCUCUUCUCUCUCUGCUCUCUUCUACUGGCCUGUAACUCAUCUCUCUCUCUCUCUGCUCUCUUCUACUGGCCUGUAACUCAUCUCUCUCUCUGCUCUCUUCUACUGGCCUGUAACUCAUCUCUCUCUCUCUCUCUGCUCUCUUCUACUGGCCUGUAACUCAUCUCUCUCUCUGCUCUCUUCUACUGGCCUGUAACUCAUCUCUCUCUCUGCUCUCUUCUACUGUCCUGUAACUCAUCUCUCUCUCUGCUCUCUUCUACUGGCCUGUAACUCAUCUCUCUCUCUCUGCUCUCUUCUACUGGCCUGUAACUCAUCUCUCUCUCUGCUCUCUUCUACUGGCCUGUAACUCAUCUCUCUCUCUGCUCUCUUCUCUUACUGGCCUGUACCCAUCCCCCCUUCUACUGGCCUGUAAUCAUCCUCUCCUCCCUGCUCUCUUCUACUGGCCUGUAACUCAUCUCUCUCUCUCUCUCUGCUCUCUACUACUGCCUGUAAACUCAUCUCUCUCUCUCUCUCUGCUGCUCUCUACUACUGGCCUGUAACUCAUCUCUCUCUCUGCUCUCGUUCACUGGCCUGUAACUCAUCUCUCCUCUCUCUCUGCUCUCUUCUACUGGCCUGUAACUCAUCUCUCUCUCUCUGCUCUCUUCUACUGGCCUGUAACUCAUCUCUCUCUUUCUCUGCUCUCUUCUACUGGCCUGUAACUCAUCUCUCUCUCUCUCUGCUCUCUACUACUGGCCUGUAACUCAUCUCUCUCUCUCUCUCUCUGCUCUCUUCUACUGGCCUGUAACUCAUCUCUCUCUCUGCUCUCUUCUACUGGCCUGUAACUCAUCUCUCUCUCUCUGCUCUCUACUACUGUCCUGUAACACAUCUCUUUCCUCUUAUCUCUCGAACAGCCUAUGACCUGUACAGUAUGUUAAUGCUGCGGUUAGGAUGGUUUACAUUCCAAUCUAAUCAGCCUUGUGUUUUUGGCAACCAACUGUACAAAGGUCUCAACAAGGUGAAAGCCUCCCCUCUCUCCUCCCCCCUGCAGGCAGUCCUGCAGAGUUGGGCCAGCUGCGUGCGGGUGAUGAGAUAGUGUCUGUUGGCGGGCACAGGGUGGCAGAGAUGAGCCACGACCAGUGGAAGGGCACCAUGACCUCUGCCCUGCAGAAGGGCAGUCUCACCAUGGACGUACAGCGCUAUGGUAACAACGGUGAGCGAAAGAGACUCCGCCCCCUUCCGCCUGACCUGCUGGGAGCUCGGUUUGUCCCUCACCUGCUUGCCUUCCUGUAGUGUCCCUGUCUGUUCUGUUUGUCCCUCAACUCUCCCUGUAGUGUCCCGGUCUUGUCUGUCCCUCAGAGGACGUGGUAGCGUGUUGUCUCUGUGUCCCUCAUCUACCACUAUAGCAGGGUUUCCCAUCCCUUUCCUCAGGGACCAGCUGUUGUAGCCCUAAUCUGACACACCUGAUUUGAUUUAGUCAGCUGUCACCAAGCCCUUGACUAAUUGGAUCAGGUGUGCCAAUUCAGGGUUAAAACAAAUGUGACUGACCGCCUCUAUUACGUUUUAUGUAGCAAAAUUUUAAAUUAGUUGUUUUUACAUUGGAUAAAAGUAUAGACUCAGAGCUAGAAAAUGGUAUAUCAUACACUACAGUUGAGGAACAAUGGGAAAGUAAUUCUGCUUUGAAAGAUGAUAAACUUGUAACCCCACUUUUGAGAAAAUGGUCCUUGAAUAUUUUGGUACACCUACUGGAGAGCUGUUCUUUGUCUACACCCAUUCAGCAUCGUUCACACCCUCUUAAGCCUUAGCCCCUCCCAUCUCUUUAAGGAGUCACAUGCGAGGCCAUGUGCUAAACAGAGUGAGUAAGGUAGUGGCAGGGUAGGCUAGCAGGGUAGACCAUGUGAGGCCAUGUGCUAAAUAGAGUGAGUACGGUAGUGUAGUAAACAACCAAAGAGUUCAUGACUAAAAGUAGUAGCCAAUAAUAAUCUAGUCCUUGGCCUCCAUCCUAAUCUGACUUUGGUGUUGUUCUUCACAUUACCGUCCCGGAUACUGAUUCUGUAUUUCAUAUAGUGUGUAUUUGUCACAUGCACAGCAUACAGAAGGUGGAAACCAGUGAAAUGGUUACUAUUUACAUAGAGAUAGACAGUGUCCAGAUAAAUGUUGGAUUAAUAUUUAAUUAAUGAUUAGAUGAUCAUGACACACUUGUCUAAAUUGAUGGGUCAUGUGAAAUAAAUACUGUAACCACCUCCAGCAACAUCUAGUGAAAUGGAUGGGGUCGCUGCAGAAGGUGUAAACAGUACAGUGGAAUGAUGAAUUGCAUAUUUUCAUUAGUAGCAAUAUUACAAAUAGAAAGUGUCAAUAAGUGUCAAUGCCAGUAGAGAGAACAAAUACAGUAUGUACAAGAACAAUAUCAAUAACCAUAGCGUUGAUACUGGUGAUAGAUCAGGUAGUUAUAUAGUCUACAAUCAGGGGUAAAGUGGCUGAGCAGCAGGACACAAAAAUAAAUAGUAGCAGCAACGUGUGGCUGUGUUAGGAGAGAGUCGCUGCAGAUAGUCCGGAUGACUGGGAACUCGCCCCCCAGUGAUGAACUGGUCCGUCCGCUCAAAUCAAAUCAAAUCAAAUUUUAUUGGUCACAUGCGCCGAAUACAACAGGUGCAGACAUUGCAGUGAAAUGUUUACUUACAGCCCUUAACCAACAGUGCAUUUAUUUUAAACAAAAAAAGUAAGAAUAAAACAACAACAAAAAAAGUGUUGAGAAAAAAAGAGCAGAAGUAAAAUAAAGUGACAGUAGGGAGGCUAUAUAUACAGUAAAAUAAAGUGACAGUAGGGAGGCUAUAUAUACAGGGGGGUACCGUUGCAGAGUCAAUGUGCGGGGGCACCGGCUAGUUGAGGUAGUUGAGGUAAUAUGUACAUGUGGGUAGAGUUAAAGUGACUAUGCAUAAAUACUUAACAGAGUAGCAGCAGCGUAAAAAGGAUGGGGUGGGGGGGCAGUGCAAAUAGUCCGGGUAGCCAUGAUUAGCUGUUCAGGAGUCUUAUGGCUUGGGGGUAGAAGCUGUUGAGAAGUCUUUUGGACCUAGACUUGGCACUCCGGUACCGCUUGCCGUGCGGUAGCAGAGAGAACAGUCUAUGACUAGGGUGGCUGGAGUCUUUGACAAUUUUGAGGGCCUUCCUCUGACACCGCCUGGUAUAGAGGUCCUGGAUGGCAGGGAGCUUUGCCCCAGUGAUGUACUGGGCAGUACGCACUACCCUCUGUAGUGCCUUGCGGUCAGAGGCCAAGCAGUUGCCAUACCAGGCGGUGAUGCAACCAGUCAGGAUGCUCUCGAUGGUGCAGCUGUAGAAUUUUUUGAGGAUCUGAGGACCCAUGCCAAAUCUUUUUAGUCUCCUGAGGGGGAAUAGGCUUUGUCGUGCCCUCUUCACGACUGUCUUGGUGUGUUUGGACCAUGAUAGUUUGUUGGUGAUGUGGACACCAAGGAACUUGAAGCUCUCAACCUGUUCCACUACAGCCCCGUCGAUGAGAAUGGGGGCGUGCUCAGUCCUCUUUUUUUUCCCUGUAGUCCACAAUCAUCUCCUUUGUCUUGGUCACGUUGAGGGAGAGGUUGUUGUCCUGGCUCCACACGGCCAGAUCUCUGACCUCCUCCCUAUAGGCUGUCUCAUCGUUGUCGGUGAUCAGGCCUACCACUGUUGUGUCGUCGGCAAACUUAAUGAUGGUGUUGGAGUCGUGUGAACAAGGGAAUCUAUACUGAACAAAAAUACAAACGGUGUGGCUGUGUUAGGAGAGAGUCACUGCAGAUAGUCCGGAUGACUGGGAACUCGCCCCUCAGGGAUGAACUGGUCCGUCCGCUCCACGCAUGAACAAGGGAAUCUAUAUUCGGAGGGCCUGUUUCUGUCCUGCCUUUGACUUCGUCGCAAAACUCCCUAAUCUUCUCAAAAAUAUCAGUUUGGUCUAGUUGUGUCCAGUCCAGGUGGUGCUUGUACAUGCAGACCAUCUCUGGGAGGAAGGACGUCAGCGUUGCACAGCAGCUGAAACCUGGUCCCAACUGAGUCCGAACGCUCCUUGGCGACGACAACGCCAGGCUCCAGUCCAACCAUGUGGGGCAGCCAUUUUCUCCACAGAUUCCUGAAGGAAGACGGCCCAACUGCACGUACCUCUGGGAAAAAUACACAAAUAAUGUGAGAUCAAUAAAAGUAGUGCCAAUCAUGUUGGAGGUGAAAUAAAAUAAUCAAAAGGUGUUGAUGCUUUACAUACCAAGUGUUGUCAUCGAUUCCUUGUAGAGACGCCGCUCCGCUGCUUCUGUCACAUGAGAUGGCAGCAGCUUUCCACCAAAGGGUUGGUGUCCUGGGUGGCGUCCUGGGUGGCGUCCUGGGUGGCGUCCUGGGUGGCGUCCUGGGUGGCGUCCUGGUAAUACUAUUGCAUUAUCCUCUCUAUAGUUGUUGAUGAAGUUCACAACUCGCUGCAAGUCCUCGUGCUUAGCUAGCUAACAGUACGCUUUGACUUGCAAUGAAAACGACUUUCAUGUCAAAAUUAGAAAAGUCAUCUGAAUUUUGCUAGCUUACCCCGUGCAUUCAGAAAAUAUUCAGACCCCCUUGACUUUUUCCACAUUUUGUUACGUUACAGCCUUAUUCUAAAAUUGAUUUAAAAAAAAAAAAAAAUUGUCAUCAAUCUACACACAAUACCCCAUAAUGACAAAGCAAAAACAGGUUUUUAAAAAUAUAUUUACAUAAGUAUUCAGACCCUUUACUCAGUACUUUGUUGAAGCACCUUUGGCAGCGAUUACAGCCUCGAGUCUUCUUGGGUAUGACGCUACAAGCUUGGCACACCUGUAUUUGGGGAGUUUCUCCCAUUCUUCUCUGCAGAUCCUCUCAAGCUCUGUCAGUUAGAAUGGAGAGCGUUGCUGCACUGCUAUUUUCAGGUUUCUCCAGAGAUGUUCGAUUGGGUUCAAGUCCGCGCUCUGGCUGGUCCACUCAAGGACAUUCAGAGACUUGUCCCGAAAGCCACUCUUGUCUUGGCUGUGUGCUUAGGGUCGUUGUCCUGUUGGAAGGUGAACCUUCUCCCCAGUCUGAGGUCCUGAGCACUCUGGAGCAGGUUUUCAUCAAGGAUCUCUCUGUACUUUGCGCCGUUCAUCUUUGCCUCGAUCCUGACUAGUCUCCCCGUCCCUGCCGCUGAAAAACAUCCCCACAGCAUGAUGCUGCCACCACUAUGCUUCACCGUAGGGAUGGUACCAGGUUUCCUCCAGACGUGACGCUUAGCAUUAAGGCCAAAGAGUUCAAUCUUGGUUUCAUCAGACCAGAAAAUCUUGUUUCUCAUGGUCUGAGAGUCCUUUAGGUGCCUUUUGGCAAACUCCAAGCGGUCUGUCAUGUGCCUUUAACUGAGUGGCUUCCGUCUGGCCACUACACCAUAAAGACCUGAUUGGUGGAGUGCUGCAGAGAUGGUUGUCCUUCUGGAAGGUUCUCCCAUCUCCACAGAGGAACUCUGGAGGUCUGUCAGAGUGACCAUCGGGUUCUUGGUCAACUCCCUGACCAAGGCCCUUCUCCCCCGAUUGCUCAGUGCGGCCGGGCGGCCAGCUCUAGGAAGAGUCUUGGAGGUUCCAAACUUAUUUUCUUCCAUUUUAAGAAUGAUGGAGGCCACUGUGUUCUUGGGGACCUUCAAUGCUGCAGACAUUUUUUGGUACCCUUCCCCAGCUCUGUGCCUCGACGCAAUCCUGUCUCGGAGCUCUACGGACAAUUCCUUCAACCUCAUGGCUUGGUUUUUGCUCUGACAUGCACUGUCAACUGUGGGACCUUUUAUAUAGACAGGUGUGUGCCUUUCCAAAUCAUGUCCAAUCAAUUGAAUUCACCACAAGUGGACUCCAAAACAGUUGUAGAAACAUCUCAGGGUAGGGGAGGGAAUGGCCGGCAUGGCGUUGUGGGUUCGAUUCCCACGGGGGGCCAGUAUAAAAAAAUAAAAUAAAAAUGUAUGCACUAACUGUAAGUCGCUCUGGAUAAGAGCGUCUGCUAAAUGACGUAAAUGUAAAAAAAAAAAAAUGUAAAUGUUAUCGGCUGCUGAAUUCAGGGCAGUAAUUUUCAGAGCAACACUUUUGCAGUUCUCCAUGAUCUCUUAAAAAAAAAAAAGCCAUGGUAGCAAGGAUUAUCUCCACAUACUGAGCCGCUUGAUGUUAUAGACAGUAUGCUACAUGGCAGACACAUCUGAACUCCUUUCUCGGAAUGUCCUGCCCAUCCGUUAUCUCAGCCAAUCAUGGCUAGUGGGAAGUGAUAUAAUUAUUAUUAUUAAUGACUAAUUAUUACACCCUGAAACUGUGUAUAAUGUGUUAGAAAUGUGUGAGUGUAGGACCAGUAAAGACUAUGACAUUGAGCUACUAUUUAGCAACGUGAGUAAGAGUUAGGCCAGACAACAAAGGACAAGGAGAGCUGGCUACAGACAACUGAGAAACCAAGAUAAAGAGGCCCCUCCCAGUUUAGGGAGGAGAGAGACUGGUAGGCUUUUUAAGGAGUAUGAAACAUGGUGCAGGAUAUUGUGAGAACGGCGAUAACUAAGGAAUGCAGGUAGUAGGCUAUGAUGAAGUGUGUGUGAACUGAUGGUCAGGAGAGCAGUUUUAGAGUGGAAAACUACAGCCCGCCUAAAGAGGGGAGGGAUUUUUUGUAUGACGUAUGAGUGUAAAAGGUGGACUCUGAAAUUGUAAUGGCCCUGAGGCGAGGGAUAGGAAGUACUGUUCUAUUGGUCCCUGAGGCGAGGGAUAGGAAGUACUGUUCUAUUGGUCCCUGAGGCGAGGUUUAGGAAGUACUGUUCUAUUGGUCCCUGAGGCGAGGGAUAGGAAGUACUGUUCUAAAUGUUUUUAAAUGUGCUUCGAUGUUCCUCUUUUUCCUCUAUUUUGUUUAGGAAACUGUCUUUUAUCAAAGCAAUUCAUGUUGGUUAGGUUCUACGGCUCCAUAACUGGGAAAGGAGUGUCUCUGUCCUACACACGUUUAAUGAACCUUACAAGUAUAGACUGUUUGUCCGUCAUAGGACUCCGUAGAGAAUCCUGACUUUUUUUUGACAGUGGCUAUUAGGCUACUGAUCGUGAUCAAGGAUCACACGAUCUAGCUAUUGCUAAUCGCUAUUAGCUAUUGCUAAUCGAUCUCCCGGCCUACUGAUCGUGAUCGAGGAUCAAUAUUAGCCUACUGAUUUUUGUUAAUCAAUGUUUUCUAAAUCUUUUCUGGACCGUGUUUUGUGGUUUGACAGACUGGAGCAGUGGCCUUCCUUCCCAUAAGAUCAUCGAUCUGACCAGUGGAGCUCCGACACUUAUAGGUCGACCUGAUGCCAGCAGAGACGCCGUAAUAUCCACAGCGACAAGGGUGAAACCGGCCCAGCUCAACGGACAAGAGGUCAACGUGGGUCACUUUGUCCAUAUGAUCAGUAUUGAUAGAUAGUAUUUAUAGAGUGAUGAAGGAAACGGGUUUCAAACAAAUAUCUUAAAAAUAAAAGCUAUUUUUUUUUUGUAUCUUUCAAAUCUUUUUUUCCCCCCUCUCCUAGUGUGUGACAUCUAAAAGCAUGAAGGGUGGUGUUCGUGACGAUCCUAUGACCAUCAGAAGGAAAGGUAAUGAAUUAACUGACUGGGUCUUUACAGUGCCUUCAGAAAGUGUUCACACCCCUUGACUUUUUCGACAUUUUGUUUCAGCCUGAAUUUUUUUAAUUGAUACAAUUUAGAUAUGUCACUGGCCUACACACAAUACCCCAUAAUGUCAAAGUGGAAUUAUGUUUUUAGAUUUUUUUAAUUAGUAAAAAAUGAAACACUGAAAUGACUUCUGUCAAUAAGUAUUCAAUCCCUUUUGUUAUGGCAAGCCUAAAUAAGUUCAGGAGAAAAAAUAUCCUUAACAAGUCACAAGUUGCAUGGACUCACUGUGUUCAAUAAUAGCGUUUAACAUUAUUUUUUUAAUGACUACCUCAUCUUUGUACCCCACUCAUAGAAUUAUCUGGAAGGUCCCUCAGUUAAGCGGGGAAUUUCAAACACAGAUUCAACCACAAAGCCCAGGGAGGUUUUCCAAUGCCUCGCAAAGAAGGGCACCUAUUGGUAGAAUGGUAAAAAAAUAAAUAAAAACAGACAAUGAAUAUCCCGUUGAGCAUGGUGAAGUUAUUAAUUAAACUGUUGUAUCAAAACACCCAGUCACUACAAAGAUACAGGCAUCCUUCCUAAUUCAGUUGCCGGAGAGGAAAGAAACUGCUCAGGGAUUUCACCAUGGUGACUUUAAAACAGAGUUUAAUGGCUGUGAUCGGAGAGAGCUGAGGAUGGAUCAACAACAUUGUAGUUACUCCACAAUACUAAACCUAAAUUACAGGGUGAAAAUAAGGAAGCCUGUAAAGAUAAAAAAUAUUCUAAAACGUGACAAAAUAAUGAACUUUUAUGUCCUGAAUACAAAGUGUUAUGUUUGGGACAAAUCCGACACAUCACUGAGUACCACUCUCCCAUAUUUUCAAGCAUAGUGGUGGCUGCAUCAUGUUAUGGGUAUGCUUGUAAUCGUUAAGGGCUGGGGAGUUUUUCAGGAUAAAACAAUAAAGUGAAUGAAGCUAAGCACAGGCAAAAUCCUAGAGGGAAACCUGCUUCAGUCUGCUUUACACCAGAGACUAGGAUAUUAAUUCACCUUUCAGCAGGACAAUAAUCUACAACACGAGGCCAAAUCUACAAUGGAGUUGCUUACCAAGACGACGUUGAAUGUUCCUGAGUGGCUUAGUUACAGUUUUGACUUAAAUCAGCUUGAAAAUAUAUGGCAUGAAUUGAAAAUGACUGUCUAGCAAUGAUCAACAACCAACUUGACACAGCUUGAAUAAAUUUUUAAAAAUAAUAAUGUGCAAAUGUUGCAAAAUCCAGGUGCGCAAAGCUCUUAGAGACUUACCCAGAAAGACUCACAGCUGUAAUCGCUGGCAAAGGUGAUUCUAACAUGUAAUAUAAUAAUAAUAAUAUGCCAUUUCACAGACGCUUUUAUCCAAAGCGACUUACAGUCAUGCGUGCAUACAUUUUUUUUUUUUUUGUGUAUGGGUGGUCCCGGGGAUCGAACCCACUACCUUGGCGUUACAAGCGCCGUGCUCUACCAGCUGAGCUACAGAGGACCAUAGGUAUUGACCCAGGGGUGUGAAUACUUACGUAAAUUAGCAAAAAUUUCUAAACACUCAUUAUGGGGUAUUGUGUGAGAAAUCUAUUUAAUCCAUUUUGAAUUAAGCACAACAAAAUGUGGAAUAAGUCAAGGGGUAUAAAUACUUUCUGAAGGCGCUGUGUCUUUUUGAAAUGAAGAAAAGGUUUUACAGUUUCCUGGUAGUUCCCGGAUGAAUCUCUGUUACCGUCUCUCACUUCGGCUUCUCUUUCACACUCCCUCUGUUUCCCUCCAUGUAGAACAUGAACUGAUUGUUUUGAAAACCCAGGAAAGGAGAGCAGAGUUUUUUAAGCAGAAAGGUAAAGAGUCAAGGUUGUUAAUGUCUUGUCGCCAGGCUUUUGUAGUUGUGUUGUUGUGGCCUGGGGCUUGUGUUGGUUUAUAUUUAAAGAAGAGUCAUCAAUCCGUCUUUGCAUUUGCUUUGUAGCUGAAAAUGGCUCAACUCUGGUGACGCAUGUUUGGCCGUAGAUUCUGCUGCCCAUAUACAGUACUGGUCAAAAGUUUUAGAACACCUACUCAUUCAAGGGUUUUUCUUUAUUUUUACUAUUUUCUACAUUGUAGAAUAAUAGUGAAGACAUCAAAACUAUGAAAUAACACAUAUGGAAUCAUGUAGUAACCAAAAAAGUGCUAAACAAAUCAAAAUAGAUUUUAAAUUUGAGAUUCUUCAAAUAGCCACCCUUUGCCUUGAUGACAGCUUUGCACACUCUUGGCAUUCUCUCAACCAGCUUCACCUGGAAUGCUUUUCCAACAGUCUUGAAGGAAAUCCCACAUAUGCUGAGCACUUGUUAGCUGCUUUUCCUUCACUCUGCGGUCCAACUCAUCCCAAACCAUCUCAAUUGGGUUGAGGUCGGGGGAUUGUGGAGGCCAGGUCAUUUGAUGCAGCACUCCAUCACUCUCAUUCUUGGUAAAAUAGCCCUUACACAGCCUGGAGGUGUGUUGGGUCAUUGUCCUGUUGAAAAACAAAUGAUAGUCCCACUAAGCCCAAACCAGAUGGGAUGGCGUAUCGCUGCAGAAUGCUGUGGUAGCCAUGCUGGUUAAGUGUGCCUUGAAUUCUAAAGAAAUCACUGACAGUGUCACCAGCAAAGCACCCCCACACCAUAACACCUCCUCCUCCAUGCUUUACGGUGGGAAAUACACAUGCAGAGAUCAUCCGUUCACCCACACUGCGUCUCACAAAGACACGGCGGUUGGAACCAAAGAAAUCUCAAAUUUGGUCUAAUGUCCAUUUCUCGUGUUUCUUUGCCCAAGCAAGUCAUUUUUUAUUUAUUUUUAUUUUUAUUGGUGUCCUUUAGUAGUGGUUUCUUUGCAGCAAUUCGACCAUGAAGGCCUGAUUCAGACAGUCCCCUCUGAACAGUUGAUGUUGAGAUGUGUCUGUGACUUGAACUCUGUGAAGCAUUUAUUUGGGCUGCAAUUUCUGAGGCUGGUAACUCUAAUGAACUUAUCCUCUGCAGCAGAGGUAACUCUGGGUCUUCCAUUCCUGUGGCGGUCCUCAUGAGAGCCAGUUUCAUCAUUGCGCUUGAUGGUUUUUGCGACUGCACUUGAAGAAACGUUCAAAGUUCUUGACAUUUUCCAUAUUGACUGACCUUCAUGUCUUAAAGUAAUGAUGGACUGUAAUUUCUCUUUGCUUAUUUGAGCUGUUCUUGCCAUAAUAUGGACUUGGUCUUUUAUACCAAAUAGGGCUAUCUUCUGUAUACCCCCCCCCCCUACCUUGUCACAACACAACUGAUUGGCUCAAACGCAUUAAGAAGGAAAGAUAUUCUGCUGUCCAUAUAGAAUGGAAAGAGGACCUCUCCUGGUUACCAGCUCUGUUGCUGUGAAGGUGACCUCUCCUGGUUACCAGCUCUGUUACUGUGAAGGUGACCUCUCCUGGUUACCAGCUCUGUUACUGUGAAGGUGACCUCUCCUGGUUACCAACUCUGUUACUGUGAAGGUGACCUCUCCUGGUUACCAACUCUGUUACUGUGAAGGUGACCUCUCCUGGUUACCAGCUCUAUUACUGUGAAGGUGACCUCUCCUGGUUACCAACUCUGUUACUGUGAAGGUGACCUCUCCUGGUUACCAACUCUGUUACUGUGAAGGUGACCUCUCCUGGUUACCAGCUCUGUUACUGUGAAGGUGACCUCUCCUGGUUACCAGCUCUGUUUACUGUGAAGGUGGACCUCUCCUGGUUACCAACUCUGUUACUGUGAAGGUGACCUCCUCCUGGUUACCAGCUCUGUUACUGUGAAGGUGACCUCUCCUGGUUACCAGCUCUGUUGCUGUGAAGGUGACCUCUCCUGGUUACCAACUCUGUUACUGUGAAGUGUCAUAACGCAGCUCUUUCCCCCCAGCCUCACCAGGAGUCAGCUCUAUGGUCUAUCUAUGUGGUAAGUGUGGUGUGUUUUUGGUGUGUGUGUAGUGCUCUGAAGUUGAGGCAACAACACUCUCCAGUAUCUGGACCAUCUCUCCCAGGCAGUUCUGACUCUUUGAUUACUACAUAGUCAAGUCUGUGUGAAUCCGAGUCCACGAUGAAUGGAGAAUCUCAGCUGAUUUGGAGCUGUGGUUUUAGAUCGUACGGUGGCCCUGUUGGGUGCUUGGUUUUAGAUCGUACGGUGGCCCUGUUGGGUGCUUGGUGUGCAGUGCUCUUUUUCUUUCAUAAAUAGAAUGAUAAUAAAUGUGGUGACAUAAUUACUGGAGAAAUGUAUUCUCACAUUGGCUGACUGUUAACGCACCCGCUCUCCCCCCCUCUCUCUCCUCUCGCCUCUCGCCCCCCUCCUCUCGCCUCCCUCCCCCCUCUCCCUCUCCCUCCCCCCCCCCUCGCCUCUCCCCCCCUCCCUCCCCUCCCCCCCCCCCUCGCCUUCGCUCCCCUUUUCCCCCCCCUCCUCCCCCCCCCUUCCCUUUCCCCUCCCUCCCCCCACCCCUCCUCUCUCCUCCCCCCCCCUCUCUCCUCACCCCCCCUUUUUCUCCUCACCCCUCGCCUCUCUCCUCACCCCCCCCUCCGCUCACCCCUCGCCUCUCGCUCACCCCUCGCCUCUCGCUACCCCUCCCUCUCGCCACCCCUCGCCUCUCCUUUACCCCUUGCCUCUCCCACCCCUUCCCUCUGCUCACCCCUUCCUCUCCCACCCCCUCGCCCCUCGCUACCCCUCCCUCCGCUCACCCCUCCCCCCGCUCCCCCUCGCAUCUCUCGCUCACCCCUCGCAUCUCUCGCCACCCCCCGCCUCUCUCGCCCCCCCCCUCCCUCUCUCGCCGCUCACCCCUCGCCUCUCUCGCCGCUCCCCCUCCCUCUCCCGCCCUCACCCCUCCUCUCGCCCUCACCCCCCCUCUUCCCGCUCACCCCCCUUCCCCUCCCCCCUCCCGCCCUCUCCCGCUCACCCUCUCGCCCUCCCCCUCCUCUCCCCCGCUCACCCCUCCCUCUCCCGUCACCCUCGCCGUCCCCGCUACUCCCUCUCUCGCGCUCCCCCUCCUUCGCCGACCCCUCCCUUCUCGCCGUCACCCCCUCCCCUCUCUGCCGCUCACCCCUCGCCUUCUCCCCCUCCCCUCUCCCGUCCCUCCCCGCUCCCUCCCCUCGCCCUCUCUCGCCCCCCCUCACCGUCCCUCGCCGCUCACCCCCCUCUGGCUCCCCCUCCUCUUCGCCCUCCACCUCGCUCCUCUCUCGCCCCCCCUGUCUCUCGUCAGCCCUCUCCUCUCCGACCCCUUCCCCCGCCCUCUCCUCCGCCCUCACCCCCGCCCUCUCGCCUCUCUCCCCCCUCCCCUCCUCUCGCCCUCCUCUGGCCUUCUCUCCCCCCCCGUUGUCCUCUCCCCCCCCCUCCUCUCCCCCUUUCGCCUUUUCUCUCCCCCCUCUCUCUGUUAG